CCUGCGACAGCCCGAGAGAAGGGAGAAGAAAGCGGAAAGAGCGACAAGAAAAGAAAGGAGGGAGAGAGAAAAAAACCACCCCACGUGCGCGAAUGAGUGAGGUUGUUUAUCUGCUCUGAUCCUAUGCACCCUCCCCGCUUCCUUCUUCCUGUGCGCCCACGUGGGAAGCCGGCAAAGGUAAGGCUCUAUAAAUACUCCUGCUGAGAUCCUAAAAGGAGCUGGUCGCUGGAAGAUUCCGAGCAAAAGGAAAAGCGCUUUUUCCACCCCCCGUCCACUUCUUGGUUGGCUUUCAAAGGGGACCGGGCACAUUUUCAUGGAGGGUGAGGCAUGCUUCCUGGCAUGAUGGCCAUUCUGCCCUGCGCCUCUGCAGUUGGAGGAAGCAAUACUCCAGAAUACCAGUUGCUAGAAACCAGAGAAGGUUGCUCCUGUCCUGGGGUCCUGCUCGCUGGGGUUUUCCCCUCACACGCAGCGGUUCUCAACCUGUGGGUCCCCAGAUGUUGCUGGACUACAACUCCCAUCAUCCCUGAGCUCUGGCCUUGCUAGCGAGGGGUGAUGGGAGUUGUAGUUCAAUAACAUCUGGGGACCCACAGGUUGAAAAAGGCUCAAGUCUUUUGAGAACAGGAUGCUAAACCAGAUGGGCUACUACAAGCCUGUUUUCUUGUGGUGUUUGUGGAGGGAAAACAAACAAAAAUUCUGAGUUAAGGGAUUGCAAGCCCUUUGCACCCUUAGCCUGGGAGGUGAUCCCUAUUUGAAGGAAAUGAGGCCUGGGAGAGGCUUCCUCCUGUGCUCAGGGUUGGCUGUUUGCACCGUGCAUUUAAAGCGUGAUGAUUGCACUCUAAACAGGCCGGCCUGCCCCCAAAGAAUUAUGGGAGCUGUAGUUUGCAUACCCUCCCACCAUUUGUCCGACGAAAACAGGGACGUCCUGUUCCAUCAUCAUCAUAAGUUUAAUAUUUAUACCCCACCCAUCUGACUGGGAUUCCCCACUAAAGCAUAACUCCAUUUUGUUGUUGUUUAGUCGUUUCCAACUCUUCAUGACCCCAUGGACCAGAGGACGCCAGGCACUCCUGUCUUCCACUGCCUCCCGCAGUUUGGUCAAACUCAUGCUGGUAGCUUUGAGAACACUGUCCAACCAUCUCGUCCUCUGUCAUCCCCUUCUCCUUGUGCCCCUGAUCUUUCCCAACAUCAGGGUCUUUUCCAGGGAGUCUUCUCUUCUAAUGAGGUGGCCAAAGUAUUGGAGCCUCAGCUUCAGGAUCUGUCCUUCCAGUUAGCACUCAGGGCUGAUUUCCCUAAGAAUGGAUAGGUUUGAUCUUCUUGGAGUCUAUGGGUCUCUCAAGAGUCUCCUUCAGCACCAUAAUUCAAAAGCAUCAAUUCUUUGGCCAUCAGCCUUCUUUAUGGUCCAGCUCUCACUUCCAUACAUCACUACUGGGAAAACCAUAGCUUUAACUAUAUGGACCUUUGUUGGCAAGGUGAUGUCUCUGCUUUUUAAGAUGCUGUCUAGGUUUGUCAUUGCUUUUCUCCCAAGAAGCAGGCCAAAGACAACAGGCAUAUAACUCCAUACCCUCCAACAUUUCUCCAGUGAAAAUAGGGACGUCCUAAGGAAAAGCGGGACAUUCCAGGAUCAGAUCAGAAACCGGGAUGGCUUGUGUAAGUCCGAGACUGUCCCUGGAAAAUAGGGACACUUGAAGGGUCUGAGUUUGUUGUAGGCCCAUGAGGAGGAGGGAACAAACAGCCUGGUACAAUUGCCCUGGGCCUCAGAGGCCUAAGCCAGACAGGGACCCUGCCAGGGGUCUGCCAGACUUGAGCACCUUAAAGAUUUUUGCUUUUCCACCCUCUUUACUGCAGUGCGGAGCUGUUACCUUUGGAAGAAAAGAAAUGGGGGAAAAACCCCCAGCCCUGCACCCAUUUCUUUUACAGCAGUCUCCAAAAUCUAGUAGGCAAAGUGUUUUCUGCCACCUGUUUCCAUGCAUGGAAAAGCUUCACCUAUAUCUCUGUGAUUCUGCUUCUCUUAAUCAUACAGGAGCAAAGCUGUUUUUUAAAAAAAGUAUUUAUGCAAUUAACAAUUCCAGCCCAAAUGUUUCUUCUUGCCACCUGCUCGUCAUUUUGUCCUCUCUUUUUUUGCAUUUUUUCUUUUCCUCUCUUUAAAAUCCCAUUAGCCUGUAAAUUGCAAAUGGAAGUUAAUCAAAUCAGAAGGCAGGAUCGCAGCACUUAAUUAGCGUUUCGGAAUUAACUGCACUUGCCUCUCAAUUGCUUUCUAAUAGCACAGUGUGUUGGGAGCACAGGAUGGGAAAAAAGGAUGGCGUCUCCCUCCUUAUGAUGCAAAGAUCAAAUUUGCAUUGAAUGUAAUCUUAUUAAUUAUUAGGCAGAGAACUGGAUGCAGAGUGAUAUUUUGAGUGUUAAGUUCUCAGAAUGCUUUUCUGAGCCUGUUCUUCAGAGCUUAACGUGGCCUUGAGAGUAUCCUGUCUACUAAUAAUAAGCACAUUCUCUAAACACCUAUCCUUUGGUUUGCUAAAACUAUACCAUCCAUGCAUGAGAGGGAGGAAUCAGCAGAGCUGGGUGAACUCCUGUGUUUUCAGGUCAUGGAACAGGGCUUUGGGGAGGCAGAAAACCAAGGAGGGAGGGGAAAAUGGAAUGGAAAAGGGCCUGGCCAGCUGGCUGGCUAAAACCUUGGAGCAGCAUUCCACAUUGCAAAAAGCUGUUGCAGGUUCCACCUGUACAAGAUCUAAUGAUAAUGAUACCGAGAGUGCAAAGGGAUUUUCCUGAACACUUAAUUGACAGCAGCUCUCAUUGCAUCUUGGAGUAGGUAUCAUGUUUUCUGGGUCAUGCAAGCAAGAACCGAGUUGGGGCUUUCCAGACUUGGGUCUCCAGCUGUUUUUUGGACUACAACACCCAUCAUUCCUAGCUAGCAGGACCAGAGGUCAGGGAUGAUGGGAACUGUAGUCCAAAAACAGCUGGAGACCCAAGUCUGAAAAAGCCCUGAACUAAAUGAUGCAUAAGGGACGCGGAUGGCACUGUGGGUUAAACCACAGAGCCUAGGACUUGCUGAUCAGAAGGUCAGCAGUUUGAAUCCCUGCGACUGGGUGAGCUCCCGUUGCUCGGUCCCAGCUCCUGCCAACCUAGCAGUUCGAAAGCACGUCAAAGUGCAAGUAGAUAAAUAGGUACCGCUCCAGCGGGAAGUUAAACGGCGUUUCCUUGCGCUGCUCUGGUUCGCCAGAAGCGGCUUAGUCAUGCUGGCCACAUGACCCGGAAGCUGUACACCGGCUCCCUCGGCCAAUAAAGCGAGAUGAGCGCUGCAACCCCAGAGUUGUCCGCAACUGGACCUAAUGGUCAAGGGUCCCUUUACCUUUAAGUGAUGCAUAUUGGGGCAAAAAGAGCUGCUCCGUGGAGCUUGUGGGUUGGGAUCGCGCUUCUGAAACCAUCCGAGCGCGCCAGAGACGCCCCCACAGCCGGAGGUUGCCACCAUGUCUGUGUCACACAGUUCCAAGCUGAACAAGGUGGUCAGGGACCAGUACAUGAAGCUGCCCUUGGGGGACAAGGUGCUGGUCACAUACAUCUGGAUCGAUGGAACUGGCGAAGGCCUUCGCUGUAAAACCAGAACACUGAGCCAGGAACCAAAGACCAUUGAAGAUCUCCCAGAAUGGAACUUUGACGGAUCCAGCACAGGCCAGUCUGAAGGCUCCAACAGCGACAUGUUCUUGAUCCCCGUUAAGAUAUUCAGAGACCCUUUUACCCUUGACCCCAACAAGCUUGUCUUAUGUGAGGUUCUGAAAUACAACCGGAAGCGGGCAGAAACCAAUCUGAGGAGCAGCUGCAAGAUAAUCAUGGACAUGGUCAAAGAGAGUCAGCCUUGGUUUGGGAUGGAGCAAGAAUACACUUUGCUGGGUGUCGAUGGACACCCAUAUGGCUGGCCCAAGAAUGGUUUCCCAGGCCCACAAGGACCUUAUUAUUGUGGCGUUGGGGCCGACAAGGUGUACGGGCGUGACAUAGUGGAGACCCAUUACAGGGCCUGCAUUUAUGCUGGUGUGGAGAUCUGUGGCACCAAUGCUGAAGUCAUGCCUUCUCAGUGGGAAUUCCAGGUGGGGCCUUGCGAAGGUAUUGAGAUGGGUGACCACUUGUGGAUGGCGAGAUACAUUUUGCAUCGGGUCUGCGAAGACUUUGGGGUCAUCGCCACUUUGGAUCCAAAACCAAUAACCGGCAACUGGAAUGGCGCUGGGUGCCACACCAAUGUCAGCACGAAAGAAACAAGGCAGAAAGGGGGUAUCAAGUUCAUUGAAGCUGCCAUAGACAAGCUGAGCAAACGCCACAAGUACCACAUCCGCAUGUAUGACCCUCGCGGGGGCCAGGACAACUCCCGGAGGCUGACGGGCCAACAUGAGACCUCCAACAUCUUCGAGUUCUCGGCCGGCAUUGCCAACCGUGGGGCCAGCAUCAGGAUCCCCCGCCAAGUUGGGCAGGAUGGCUGCGGGUGCUUUGAGGACCGCCGCCCCUCUGCCAACUGCGACCCAUAUGCCGUUACGGAGGCCAUUGUGAGGACUGUCCUCCUCAAUGAGUCCGGGGACGAGCCCAAGGUUUACAGCAAUGAGGAGCGGUUGCAGAGCGCGGCCACCAAAGACUAAGCCCCCAUGGCCCCCUCACUCCCUAAAGUGUUGUCCCGUAGCAGUUAGUAAAUGGCUGACAUCUUUGGAACUCCUCGCAUCGUGACAUGUUGACUUACAGAACAUAUUUCUAUAUGUAUACAUAUAUAUUUUUAGGAGAGAAAAAUUAUUUUCCUAGUGGGCUUAACGAGUUCCCUGGUGGUUGUUGUUGUUUAGAUCAUAAUGUGGGCUUUUGAAGUAGGGGUGGGGAAAACAUGUGGCCCUCCAUUGGUUGUUGGACUCUCGUUCCCACCAGCCCCAAGCCAGCAGGGCAAGCGCUCCUGGAUGAUGGGAAUUGUAGUCUAGCGGUAUCUGAAGGGCCUGCAAGCUCCCGAACCUUGCUUUAUGGUUGGGCUUGUUUCAUUGUUUAAAUUGACUUUGUUAAGUGGGAAGAUCAAGUUUUGUAUAAAUUUGUACACUCCUCCCACCCUUUUUCUGUCUCCACUACAAUGAAAUAAUAAAGUGCAAGAUCUUAAAAAAAAAAAAAAAAAAAAAAUAUUGGGGCAAAAAUAAAUAAAUCUUAACUUUACAGUUGACUACUGUGGGAACAGGUUGCUGGGCUCAACAAGCUUAUGGCCUGAUCCAACAGCGCUCCUCUUAUAGGGUAGGCAGGUUCAAUAUAUAUUGUUGUUGUUGUUGGGAAAUGAUAGACGCUCCUUCCUUGGAGGUUUUUAAGCAGGGCCCGGAUGGCCAUCUGUCAUGGAUGCUUUAGCUGAGAUUCCUGCAUUGCAGGAGGCCAGACGAUGACCCUUGGGUCCCUUCCAACUCUAAGAUCCUAUUAUUAUUAUUAUUCUAUACCAUCCUUCACCUGGUGAUCACAAGGUGGCUUAUAGGAUAAAUCUAAAUGCAUACGUAAUAAAUUUUUUUUUUUUAAAAAAGUAAGCACUGUCAUUUGGAUCAAGACAUGCUGCGGGUCUGAAAGCUUGCGAUAUGCUUAGCAAUGAGGUAUUUUGUUAAGCCUGUGUUAUAAAUCCGUUAGUACUUGGAAUGCUUACCUGUCCAGUACGUGUGUGUGUUGAGAAGGAGCUUCUCAGCCCUUCUAAUCCACAUUGUGGUUUAUUUAUAUUCUGCCCCCUUAGAACUCAUAUCCCUGUUGGAUGAGAGUUGAGUUGCUAUGGUCCCUGUCCUUUCGAGAUCUCUGUUCCUCUGGGAUAUAUUUGAAGUCGCCCACUUAACUGCGAGCCUAGAAAUCGGUUAACUCCUAUUUCCUAGAGUGAUAAAUGAGGGGGGGGGGGGGAGAGAGACUGUGCUUUGAGCAGAACUGGUUGCCCAAGAUUGCUGCUUGUGAGAACCGUGCCCAUUCCUCAUAUUUGGAAUCACAACUGCGAUGAAGGGAGACUGGGAUUUAAUUAGGACUACAACCUGAAAUAGCUUUUGGACUAUCUCAGAUUAUCUAUGCCUAUCACCAGUAGACAGCCUGCUAAGCAUUGUUAUCUGCCAUAUUUAGACUCAAAAUCUAUCGCUAUUAUUUCAAUUGUUAUUAUUUAUUUCAUUUAUGAAUCACUUCCCAUUAAGAAUACCAAAGUGAUCUACAAUACGCCAAAAGCCACAUCUAGAAUGGUGGUAUAUGUGAAUGCAAUUUAAAAAUAAAAAUAAGCAAAAUACUGCAAUAGCAUGUAUAAAAUUCAAUUCAGACCCAAAGCAGAUAAUAACUGGUGUGAAAAGAAAAGAAACUUCACUUAGAAGGCUAGUUAUUAUUAUUUAUUAGAUUUAUAUACCGCUCUUCAAUACAAGAUCUUAGGGCGAUUCACAGGAUAAAAUAAAAGGUAAAGACACAAGUAGAUGGUUAACAACAACAAAACAACAACACCCUCCUUCUCACAAACACAUUUAAAAGACUGUGGAAUAUUAAUCAGCCAAAGACCUGGUAGAAAAGGAACGUUUCCACCUGGAGCCUAAAGACAGUGGUACAGUGGUACAGUGGUACCUCGGUUUACGAACAGUUCUGUUUAAGAACGAUUCGGUUUACAAACUCCGCAAAAUAGUUUCCUGGUUUGCGAACUAUACCUCUGUCUAAGAACGGAAUCUGAACGGUAGAAGGGCACCGGUGGCCGGAGGCCUCAUUAGGGAAAGCGCACCUUGGUUUAAGGAUGGUUUCGGUUUAAGAACGGACUUCCAGAACAGAUUAAGUUCGUAAACCGAGGUACCACUGUAUAAUGAAGGCACCAGGCAGACCUCACUGGGGAGAGCAUUCCACAAAUGGUCAAAAGAGGGAAAUCUUCAAGAGGCACCUGUCUGAUUUAUGGUGGGAGGGCGUUCCAAAGGGAUGCCACACUAGAGGCCCGAAAGAUUGUAAGGGGUUAGAUUAGAUGAUCUUCAUGGUCCCUUCUAAUUCUACGAUUCUUUGAUUUCAUGCGGAAUUUACCUGAUGAUAGGACAGUAUUUAUAGGGUGAUACUGUUGGAAAAACGCCCCCUCUGGGAAGGCUGCCAACUUCCCAGUUCAAACUUCUGGUUAGCUUUCUUCCAUGGGACUAGAGUUUUUGCUCUGCCUUGGUCUGAGGAACAGUGUUGACUCUUCAGGUGUGGUUUUGUCUCUCCUGUGGACAAACCAUGUACUUCACUCAAGACCUCAGUGUCUGAAACCUGGUUUGAGCUGCUAGCCACAGCUAUAUAUGCAACAGCUGUGUUAGCAAACUCCCAAGAGUACCUCUUGGGUGGCAGUCCCUUUGUGACUCUCUCAGAUCUACAUAUCCAGGGAAGCAAGAGGCAUUAUCUGAUUUCAGGGACACGUUCCAGCCAGGCAAAAACUGAUCAGGGUGCAAAACAGGAACAGAGAGCGGAUGUGGCCCGGGGAAAGUUUUGAGGGCCGGAUUCCCAGUCCUGGAAGGACGCAUUUGCCCCCUGAGCCUUGCCACCUUCCAAUGUAUAAAUCUUGGAGGAAAGAAUAGGCACAGAGGGGGGGAAAUAAGCAAUCUGUGUGUUCCCUUCUUCCAUAGCUCCAGCUAACCUGCCGGCCACAAGACUAUCGCGAUGAGUUUUAUUGACUACAGAGAGACAAUAAAGGAAGGGGACACGGCGAUUGUCUUCUUGGGCCACGAGUCCAUGUUUCCGGUGAAGGUGCAGCAUGGCGGUAAAACCCAGACGAAGUAUGGCGUCAUCAGGCAUUCCACCGACCUGAUAGGCAAGCGGUAUGGCUCCAAGGUGACCUGCAGCAAAGGAGGCUGGGUGUAUAUUCUUCACCCGACUCCCGAGCUGUGGACUCUGAACCUCCCCCACCGGACGCAGAUCCUGUAUUCGACGGACAUCUCUCUCAUCACCAUGAUGCUUGAGCUGAAGCCGGGGUCCGUUGUCUGUGAAUCAGGUAAUGGUUCUUGUUGCAUGGCAUUUGAUAAUGGCAAUUGGGAAUACUUUCUGGGGGGGUAUUGUUAUUACUAUUUCCAUUGCCUGGCCUUAAAAUUACUCAUUUUAUUACUACUGUUUUCACUGGGGAAAUUCCUUUUGCACGUAUUGUUAUUCCCGGUACUACUACUGUGUCUGUAGCACGGUUGUUACUUCUUAUUCAAAAGGAAUCAUGGAGCUGGAAGAGACCUGGGGGGUCAUGUCAGUCUGGCUUUUGAAAGGGGCUUUUCAUUUUUGGGUGGGUGCAGGGACCUCACACACUUCAACGGGUGCAUUUCUUCCUGUCCGGCUUGGAAUCUAGUAUGUUGCUAUCUUGAUCUUCAUGGUUUGGGGGACACUCAAAGGAGCAGGACACCCAAAUCCUUCUCCACCGCCUAAGCAGCCUCUCUUUGCCGCUGUGGUGGGCAGCGCAGCUGUGGGAAGAUUGGGAAGACUGAACUAGCCGAGGAAAAUAGCUGCCUUCCAUCUCAAUGUGCAAAAGGGUCCAUUGAGCCGAGGUAUCUCUGCAUGUGUGCAUUGCGGCGAUCAGAUGCCCUGUGCUGAAAUUACGUCAUAAUAGUGCCAUGGUAUGGAAUGAAUGAAUGAAUACAGUAGUACCUCUGGAUGUGAACGGGAUCCGUUCCAGAGCCCCGUUCGCAUCCUGAAGCGAACGCAACCUGCAUCCACGCGUCUAUGUGGGUCGCAGUUCGCCGCUUCCGCGCAUGCGCCCGAUGUAAUUUUGAGCGUCUGCACAUGCACGAGCGGCGAAACCCGGAAGUAACGCGCUCCGUUACUUCCAGGUCACCGUGGAGCGCAACCCGAAAAUAUUCAUCCCGAAGCAUAUUUAACCUGAGGUAUGACUGUAAAUAAAUAGCUGUGCUUAAGUUGAUGUGGGUAUGCAUUUAAUAGCAUGUCUGGUCUUCAAGACUCAGGGCAAUGGAUUCUAAGAAUAAGCACUGGAAUAGCAUUCAAAUCAAAUUCGUUGAAAUUUUGCUGUUCUUUUGCAACUUGGCUUUUCAGCCCCCAAAGGCUUACAGGUGGGUCUUGCAGGUGCUCAGGGUUGGUCUUUGGCAGGCCCUCUGUGGGAGAGAAUUCCACCCAGGGGAGGGUGGUCCCUGAGAACAGCCCUCCCCACACUCUCACUGCCCGAUGUGCUCACGUCCCAUGCACCAUGAUGUCAGAAAACAAGCCCAUGACUCUCGAGCGAAAGCAGUAUGGUUAUGAUUGCACAAGCUUUUGGCAGGCGUCUGGGCAUGACAGUAUCUUUCUUGGACGGCCGAAAUGCCAUCUGUCAUCCUGUUUCCUUAUUCAGCAGGAUGUUUCUCCCCGCUUCCAUGUGGGAAACUUGCACUGCCGGUAAACAGCUCCAAGGACUGAGUUGAUGCUUUGAACUUUGCACUAGAAAUUGCUAGGAGUCUUUCGGUCAUGCUUGAGUCUUAUUAGCCUCUCCAGGUAAGGCCCCACCUGCAACCUGUGUUUAAAGCAGCAUUGGGCCACUUUAAAUAGUCAUGGUGUCCCUCCAGGAAUCUUGGCAACUUUAGUUUAAGGGGGCUGGGAGUUGUUGGGAGGUCUACUGUUCCCCUCACAGAGCUUCAGUUCCCAGCAUUCCUUGGGAAGAGGGGAUGACUGCUCAACCAUUCUGAGAAUUUUAGAGGGGAAUGGUGUGCCCUAGCAACUCUCAUCACCCUUAACAAACUACAACCCCCAGAAUUCUUUGGGGAAAACCAUGGAAGAAACCUAAGAUGGCAGGAUACUGCUUUCAGUAUAUACUGCAGAUGGAGCUUAAGUUUAGGGUUGGGAAAUCCAAGAUGGCAGCUUCAGUAGCACAGAGAGCCAGGCUAGACUGUACAUUCGGGAUUGUAAAUAGGUGCUCUAUUGGUAGGCCUGUGGCGUUGAAGAAUCCUCUUGCACAGUACAUUUAAAGCAGAAUUAUACACGUUAAACAAUCAUUAGCUUUAUUAGAACAACAAAAAUGAUGUUGGUAGGGCUUGGCGAUACCUGGUUUUCAACACCGCGAUAAAUCACCAGCUAAACAUUGUGAUGUACCGUUAUAUCACGAUGUCUGAAAUAAGGAUGGAACUCUGUAGAGGCGAACACGUGUUGGCUUUCCUCAGCUCUCCAAAAUGUGGCACUUGCAGGAGGUAUCUCAAACUUAUUACUCCAGCAGUUAGUGCCUUCAGCUCUUUCAACAGCUGCUGGAUUUCUGCCUGAUCCCCUACACUAGCUAUAAAGAGCGGAUAGCCAGAUCCCAUGGGUACUCGCUAGUUCCUGCAGGAAGCAAGAAGGAGCCACGGGCAGUCCGAGGAGGUGGUGAACUUUGGCAACCAAUUCUUGUUGUAUUAUCUUUGCUUUGAAGAUAGAGAAGCUGCCUUAUACCGAGUCGAACCAUUUGUCCCAUCUGUUUUAGUGUUGUCUACACUGAUUGGCAGGACGCGGGUGGCGCUGUGGGUUAAACCACAGAGCCUAGGGCUUGCCGAUCAGAAGGUUGGCAGAUCGAAUCCCCGCGACGGGAUGAGCUCCCGUUGCUCGGUCCCAGCUCCUGCCAAGCAGCAUUGACUUUUCCAACUCCUUUGAGAUUCUGUGAUACAGCCCCGUUUGCAAGAAAGCAGUGCACUUGCCAUUGGAGAGCAACAUGCCUGUGGAGAGAUUUUCAUGCUCACACCUGUUCCCGUAUCAUUCAGUAGAACUUUGCAUGUGAGUCAGGGCUCUACCCUUGCUGGGGGGCACCAGUUACGUGUGGGAAAACCUCAUGUCUUUGGUUCAUAUGGUAAUUCUUACUCAAUGAGGAAACUCAUCAUGUGUGUGGCAAUUCUCACCCUCUUAAUUAACUGUGACCUUGUUUUCUUGAUUCUUUAGGUUGCUUUAGGUAGGCUGGUGUUUGGUAGAUGGGUCUGUCCUUUUGGGCAAGGGGUUAAUCUGUGUUAUCCUUCACCAGCCUGGUGUCCUCCAGAUCUUCUGGACUUCAGCUCCCAUCAGCCCCAGCUAGCAUGGCCAGUGGUAAGAGAUGAUGGGAGUUGUAGUCUCAACAACAUCUGAGGCUGGUCCAGAGUGCCUCUUGGUUGCUUCAACUCAGUGUUUCUGUAAUACAUCACAAAACAUUAGGCUGAGUUAGCUCAGUGCGUAGAGCAUGAGACUCUUAAUCUCGUGGGUUUGAGUCCCACUUUGGGUGAGAUCCUUGCAUUGCAGGAAUCUCAGCUAAAGCAUCCAUGACAGAUGGCCAUCCAACCUCUGCUUUAAAACCUCCAUGGAAGGAGAGUCCACAGCCUCCCGAGGGAGAUCAUUCCACUGUUGAACAGCUCUUACUGUCAGAAAAUUCUUUCUGAUGUUGAGUUGGAAUCUCCUUUCUUGUAAUUUGAAGCCAUUGGUUCGUGUCCUACCCUCAAAAGCAGGAGAAAACAAGUUUUCUCCAUCUUCCAUGUGACAGCCCUUCAGAUAUUUGAAGAUGGCCAUCAUAUCUCCUCUGUCGCCUCUUCUCCAGGCUAAAAAUACUCAGCUCCUUCAACCUUUCCUCAUAAGGUUUGGUUUCCAGACCCUUGAUCAUUUUGGUCGCCCUCCUCUGCACACCUUCCAGCUUGUCAAUAUCCUUCUUAAAUAGUGGUGCCCAGAACUGGACACAGUACUCCAGGUGUGGUCUGACCAAGGCAGAAUAGAGCAGUACUAUUACUUCCCUUGAUCUGGUUGCUAUACUUCUGUUGAUGCAGCCUAGAAUUGCACUAGCUUUUUUCAGCUCUACGAUUCUAUGAUUCUGUGUAUGUCUGCAGUAGCACUGAGAAUUGCUGGUGGUUUGCCAUUUUGGAAAUGAGGAUGAGACUUUGGUCAUCUAUCUUCAUAGCCUUCUUGCAAAAUUAUUUACUGGCCAGGUGCUUGAUUGUUGUGAAAUCUGUGGCUGUUCAGAUGUUGCUGGACUUCCAGCUCCCAUCAGGCCUAGCCAGCACAGCCAACGCUCAGGGAGGUGUGUGCUGGGACAUAUUUCCCCCAUCUUUCUGCUAGGCCAAAGGUGAAGGAGAGAUGUUUCGCGUUCCUGCUGUCGUUGAAUGAAGCGAUACUGCAAACGAGUUCCUGUGUGGUUGUGCAAGGAACUUGGGGCGUUGGAGUUGGCUUAAUGCUGAAAUUAAUUGCCAACUUGAUGGGCAGGAUUUUUAAUCUUAUGCCGUCGAGUCUUGCAUACAUCGUGUUGGGUUUUUCUUUUUUUUUAAGUGGGUUACUGGCAGAUGAGGUGAACGUAUUGCUCCGACUUGUUUUGCAUGCCUGCUUUUAUGUUUCAAAUCGUUUGACAGAACAUAUUGUCAAGCAGAGGUAGGCAGUUUGCUCUGUGAAAAGGACCACAUUGAAAUACAGACACACACACACACAUGAGCCCUGUGGGCAAUAACUCAUUUACACAUUUUCAGUAGGAUGUAAUAUAAUCCUCAUAACAUUUUGCAUAUGUGGAGGAUGCCAAGUUACAACUGAAGGACGUGUUGCUGUCAUCUUGUGCUGGCAAAUUAUCGGGCUGGUAUUUUGUGCCGGCCAGGCUUUUAAGUUAAGCCCUUUGCAAAUCUUGAGAGGGUGAUAAAUGUCAUGGGUAGGAUCCAGAAAUGUAGGGAGAGGAGCUUCUGGCGGUGGCACUGUUCCUGAUGAGCUGUUGUACAAGGGCUAGCGGAAGAUGUGUGUGACAUUGUACAAGAGUUUGUGUGAAACCUCGUGCUGGCUUCCAUCUUGAGAUCUUGCACAAUAGGUUGUGUGUCACCUUGGACGGGGGGGUCAGAUCCUGAUGGGAGCAGCUCAGAAAGUUGGAGCUAUGUAAUGCUGGGGAGGUUCAUAUUGGGAUGAGAGAAAGGGCUGCAGGAACCCAACAGAUGUCUGAGCCUGGAGAGAGGACCAGAGGUUUGUGGGAUGGAGAACUCUGUCCAGGGGAGGGAUAAAGCAGGUGGACAAAGAGCGUUCUGCCCCCAUGACACCAGACACUCCAUGUCAGAUUCCUCCUGAUGAGGAACUGCCUGCAGCACUACCUACUAUCGGUGUAGAGCCUCCUACAGAGGAACGUAACUUGGGAUGAGCCUUGACUUGAGUCUACUGCAAGCAGCCUGGAUGAUGAGUCUUGACACCAGCAUUGGCACGAAGAAACUUCACAGGCUCAGCCCACUCGAAGGAAUGCUUGUUUACUCACCCCGUCCUAGGACUCCAGCUGCUAUUAAGCGUUGUGCAUGCCUCACUCUUCAAAGGGAAGGUGCAUAGCCAAUUAUCAGAGAUGAUGGGAGCUGGAACACCAGGCGGGCCAGAGGUUCCUCACACCUGAAUUUUAGGCUAAAUCAUGGUGUUUGAGCUACUUGUGGCUCCCAAGCAAUUGAUGUGUAGAUCUUAAGCAGCUGGAAAAUUGUCUCAGUAGUACGUAAAAUUUUAUUAAAAUGGAGGACGGUAGAUUAGAGAAUGUGUGCUUUGUCUGUUAAUUGCAGCAUGAAUAAUCAUUGCAAAUUGCUGGAAGUGGCAGACAGAACCAUUGAAAGCCAGUAGUUGUUUAAGAUAUGAGAUACGAUUUAGUUAAAUUCCCUGAGAUUAAAAUUUCUUAUAAUAAGGCACUGUUUAAUAAGAGAAACAUGGCUUUAGUUGUUAGGUAUUCUGCAGUGGAACAUCCAGUUGAAUGCAAAAUGAAGUUUUUUUUUUAAAAAAAUGGUAUUGUUCUUCCUUGAAUACAUGGCAAAUAUUUAUGCCCUUUUCUUCUUCUUUUUCUUUUUCUAUCCCACUAUAAUUUUUUUUUAAAGCAUCAGUAUGAAUUUAUAAGUAUAUGUACACUCAGAAUACUGAAAUCUCCUUACCUGCAGCAUACAAACGUAAUAUCUGCAACAAAACAGGAACACUGUAUGAGAAGAGCCCUGCAGGAUCAGGCCCGCAUCAACGGGCCAACCAGAUGCCUAUGGGAAGCCCAUGAGCAGAUCAUGAGUGCGACAGCCGCCUCCCUGCUUGAGUUUCAUGGACUGGUUGGAGGAAUGAUGGGAGGAACCAGCUGGGGAACCCCCAAGGGAAGAAAACUCAGAGCCCGGGGAUUGGUGGUGGGAUGACAGUGAGUGGACAGAGGGAGGAGGAGCCACUGGUAGCCCUCUCCUCUGUGAAACCAGUUGCAUGCUUUUGCUCAGAAUGUAAGCCAUGCCUCCUCCAGCAGCGGCUACGCUUCUCAGAGUGGCUUAACAACCAACCCCUCUUCAAAGAGAACCCUGGAAAUUGUAGCUCUGGGAGGGGAAGAGGGGUCUUUCGUCAGCCAGGUGUCCUGGCUGGAGCUUUAUUUACUUUUAGGCAUGGGUAGGCAAACUAAGGCCCGGGGGCUGGAUCCGGCCCAGUCGCCUUCUAAAUCCGGCCAACAGACAGUCCGGGAAUCAGCGUGUUUUUACAUGAGUAGAAUGUGUCCUUUUAUUUAAAAUGCAUCUCUGGGUUAUUUGUGGGGCCUGCCUGGUGUUUUUACGUGAGUAGAAUGUGUCCUUUUAUUUAAAAUGCACCUCUGGGUUAUUUGUGGGGCAUAGGAAUUCGUUCUUUUUCCCCCCCUUCAAAAUAUAGUCCAGCCCCCCACAAGGUCUGAGGGACAAUGGACCGGCUCCCUGCUGAAAAAGUUUGCUGACCCCCAGGCAUAGGGCUGGAGACAAGUAGCCAAACUUUUACUGCAGAGGUUAUUUGCAGCCUUCUCCUGUUGCAGGUUCUGCUUUCCAAUUGGAUUCUCUUAGCCGCUUUUGUCUGUAGGUGGACCCUGGCUGACCUCCUUCCUUGCUUUUUCCUGCAACUGGCCUUCCCUCUGAAUUUGCCCUAAUCCAUGUUUUCCGAGGCCUGCUAAUGGGCUCGUUCUGUAAGGAUCCACAAGGUCACAAAGGGUGAUGCUUGAUUCCCCCCCCCCGGCUAGAAUCUGCAAAAAUGAUCACACCCCUUCCAACCUUCUCUAUCCUCUCUGCUCUCCUGAAAACCAAUACCGCUUCAAGUUAGUAGAUAUCUGGAAUGCUUGGCUGUGUGUGUGUGUGCUUGUGAGUGUGUUUCUUGCUGAGCAGGUGGACAUGGUAGGUGAUGAGUCACCCUUUGCCGUUCCUGGAAACCAAGCCACAGCUCUGGAUUCGGCCUUGAGAGUGCAUAAGGCAUUUAUCUGCGAGCAGGUGGAAUCCCCCCAGCUCCCGGUGCAAGUCGAACCACGAAGCCGAGCUACGGUAAUGCAGUUUUGCUUGUGUGCAAGGAUGUGGAAUUAUGAUCAAAUAUUUGAUCUGCUUUGCUGCAGCAAGAGCGCUGACGGUGGCUCUAGGCGGCCUGCGGACGGCAUUUGUAUGCAUGGCUGAUUCCCGAAGCAGAAACUGAGGCAGCUGAGGGCAGCUCUGAAGAGCGGCGGUGUGAAGUAACCUAGAUUCUGCUCUCAUUUGUACACCGAGCACAUGCAUGAUUAAUGCGCUCCAGUUGAGUGCAAGAGCAAACGACCUUUUUUUAAAAAGAGACUUUCAGCAGGGCAGCCUCGCAAGGGGCUGGGUUUCUUCCUGUCUCUUAGGAGCCUGGCAUGCCAAUAGCAGAGUGAAGAGAGAUGGCUCUGGGAUUUGGGGACACGCUUUUCAUCCCAUCACUUUUAUUCGGGAGUUGGCAGGAUAUGGGGCAGAGAGUCGAUGAAUAACUGGCGUGCGAAUAGAAUAACGCCCUGGGUAUAAUUGGGAGCACCAGGCAGUGGCAGAGCUCAAGGAAGGGAAUUCUUUGCAGAGAAGCAAAUUUAUAAACUGCUCACCUUAUUAUGAAAUUUCAGAGCAGCAUGCAGAAAGCACAACAGUAAAUUAUGCACUGAAAGCAGCACAGCUAAAAUUCACGGUGCCGUCGCAAAAGAUGGUCGGUGGACUAUAGUUGAAAGUCUCAUUCAGGAAACGCUUGGAUAAAUAAAACGGUCUCAAGCACAUCUCUGAAAUAGGAGGGGGGACAGACAGUGCCUGACCUCAGGGAGCUUUGUGGAUGAGGUUCACCUUUGGCAGCUUUCUGCUCACCCAGGCCUUUUAAACAACUUGCCUUUCGUAGCCUGGGCCUCUCAGAAUUCUAAUUGUGUUUUCAUUUUUUUAAUAAUAAUAAUAAUAAUAAUAAUAAUAAUAAUAAUAAUAAUUUGUUGUUUUUGUGGCUGGAUAGCUCAGUUGAUUAGAGCCUGGUGUUGAUACAGUCAAGACUGAGGCUUCGAUUCCUGUAAGGGUCAGCUGCAUAUUCUUGCUUUGCAGGGUUAGGGUUUCCCAAACUUGGGUCUGCAAUUGCUUUGGGACUAUGAUUCCCAUCAUCCCUGACCACUGGUCCUACUAGCUAGGGAUGAUGGGAGUUGUAGUCCAAAAACAGCUAAAGCCCCAAGUUUGGGAAAACCCUGGGCUAGAUGAUUAUUCCAACUCUGUGUUCUUUUUCAAGCGGGUUGCUGUUUUGCCUUCUGAGCCUGCUACAGAACUUUUCCUGCGGAGCUGCAACGUAAAUGCAGGACAUUAAAUAAUGAAUAAGGCGUUUGAGUAUCAUUGCCUCUUCGUUGCAGAGGGCAGACCUGAGAGUGACUUGACUCUUCUCAGGCCCUCGAAUGAGUUUAUGGGAGAGGUGAGCUUUGAACUGAGGAGUUUCUGUUUCAUGUUAUAUUCUUCCUCUGUCUCUACCAGGCACGAUGUUGAGCAAGGAGGAUUGGCUCAUAGUGACCUCUAUCCAGUCUAACUGGCUCAGAGUAGACCCAUUAAACUCAUUAAUCGUGCCUGAUUUCGGUUCCUUGAUUUCAGUAUGUCUUCUCUGAGUGGGACUAAGUUGGAUUAAGACCUGUGGCUUCCUGUUGAGGUUAGUUUGACACCUCGGACCAAAUGAAAGUCCCACAAGCACCUCCCUGGUGGUGGCAACAACAACAACAACAAAUACAUAAAUGUUAAAAGUUAGUCAUUUGCUGUCUUUUCCGCGACACUCAAAAUUACCUGUCUGAGGUAGCCACCCCACUGCCUAGCCCUGGUCUCUCCCAGGAAUCUCAUAACUGCUGCUGCUCAUAAGCUGGUGAGAAUGUGAAUCUUAAAAUCACAGAAUUGUAGAGUUGGAAGGGACCACGAGGGUCAUCUAAUGCAACCCUGUGCAGUGUUGAAAUAUUUUGCCGAACGUGGGGAUUGAACCCAAAACCCUGAGAUUAAGAGUCUCAUACUCUACCCACUGAACUGUUCCAUCUCUUAAGGAGGCAAAAGCCUAGGGCACCUGGUAUUUCCAGGCGGUCUCCCAUCCAAGUACUAGCCAGACUUAACCCUGCUUAGCUUCUGAGAUCAGGCAGGUUCAGGGUAGCAUGGUCUCUCUCUUUAGAGCUGGAAGCAGGUUGCAACUGUGAGGCCUCCUAGCCUGAUGGCAUAUUCAGGACAGUAUUAUUCUGCUAGCUGGUGUGAGACUGGCUGGCUUUGUGUAGCCCUCACACCAAGCCUCGUUAUCUCUGGUGCCUUUCAGGAAUACUAAUUUAUACACGGUUGUGCACUUCAGAUAUUUUGUUCUCAUAACAACGGGAACAUUGGCAGGAACAAUGGCAGAUCUUGGGAGGCAGAGCUGUCUGAAAACGCCUGCCAGAAAAGAGCAUUAGUGGCCUAAGUAGAGGAACUAUGGGGUUGCAUUCUGCAUUCUCCGCAUAGCAAUUAGCAGCUAAGAACAAUGAGGGCGUGAAGCCCACACGCGGCCUCAAGUGCUUUCAUGUGGCUUCCAGACUUUUCCCAUGCUCUCCAUGAGCCUUGAGAAUUUCACUCUGUUGCUGCUGCUCUUUUUCUCUUCGGGGCAAGUUCCUAGUCCACAUGAGGACAAAGAACCGAAAGGAGCAGCGAAAUUCAAAUGUGUUGUGCUUGAAGAUCCCACAGUAACAUAGGCCAUCUCAUGCGUUCUCUCUCUCUGUCUCUCUCUCUCUCUCUUGCGACUAACUGUGCAAGAGGACAUUUUCGCUCCAGCAGGUACCGUAUUUUUCGCUCUAUAACACGCACCAGACCAUAAGUCACACCUAGUUUUUGGAGGAAGAAAACAAGAAAAAAAAUAUUCUGAAUCCCAGAAGCCAGAACAGCAAGAGGGAUCGCUGUGCAGUGAAAGCAGCGAUCCCUCUUGCUGUUCUGGCUUCUGGGAUAGCUGCGCAGCCUGCAUUUGCUCCAUAAGAUGCACACACAUUUCCUCUUACGUUUUAGGAGGGAAAAAGUGAGUUUUAUAGAGCAAAAAAUACGGUAUAUCUGGACCAAGGAGAUGAGAAACCAUUUCUGCAGCAUGCCCUUUCUAGGCUGGUUUUAACAUGCCAUGGAUUGUGUUAUUUUUAUUAUUUAUUUUGUCUUGUUAUAUUGUGAUGUUAUGUUGUAACCGCCCUCAGACCUUCAGGUAUAAGGUGGUACAAAUUGAAUGAAUGAAUGAUGAUAAUUUGUUAAUAGGCAGUUUUGUUGUUGGUUGUACCUGGUUGCUGUAUUUUUGUUGUUGUUGUUGUCCGUUGCCCCAAACCUGCAGUUUUACCUCAGGACUUCUUAUUUUUCUCUUAGGGAGUUUCUCUGAGGCCAUUGUUUUCCCCGCAAAUAAGGUGGGCUACUCUGCCUUCCCUGACAGAUAAUUUAAAAAAAUGGAAGUUCACUUUACAAAUACAUGCAAGGCUUGGUUAACCCAUCUGCCCUGAGGCAGCUGGGCUGUUCAGGCUGACAUGUGCCCUCCAUCAUCACCACCUGCCACCCCCACCCCACCCCCCACCCCCAUGUUGAAGGGAUGAGGAGACAUUCACUUGCCAGCUUUGUGCACACAAAUACACACACACAGCCUUGCAUUUGUCAGAAGUGUGAGAGGGGUCUCCUAGGAACCUCGCCCCCUCAGUAUGGGAGAGUGUCAAUUUGAGCAUCCUUAAUAUUCGGCACCAUAAACUUCCCUAGCAGAUAUCCACUUAUCUUGUCUAAAGAACCUCCGAUGAUUGAGGAGGCCAGAAGGGUUCAUAUCCAUCUUAACUGGCUUAUAGCACCCAUCCAAUGGUUUAUUAAGAUGAACUGCGUUGAACUGCUUGCCUAGCCAUUGCCUGCUUGAAACGCCACUAGGUUGUUCUUUUUCUCAUUUCGGAUCAAAACUGGUUGGGGGGGGGGACAUCAAAUUAUGCCUCAAUAAAUGGCAAGAUAGAAACAGGUCAGAUACUGUAUGGACUGUGGCCAAUGUCACGUGUACGCAGCUUCAGAAACCAGUGGUGGGAUUGCACCGAAUGUGGAGUAAAUACAGAGAGUGUACAUAGAAAACCUCACAGAUUGCCUUACAAUGUAUGUCCCAACCAAUUACUAGAAUCAUCUGGGGGAAGCACUAUUAGUGGUCCCCCUUGGACCAGAAGCACAGCUCAGGCCAGCAAGGAGUUGUGCCUCCAGUGCAGUGGGCCUGUGGAACUCCCUCCCACAAGAAAUCAGUCAGGCACUGUCCCUGCUAAGGAUCAGACGCCAGGUUAAAACGGUUUUAUUCCAGGAAGCUUUCUGCGCUGUUACUGAAACCCUGAUGCUUUAACCUUUGAUGUUGAAAUUACGUUCUGAAUUUUACACAUUGUGUGUGUGUGUGUGUUUAAUUGUAAGUUGCUUUAGGGCCCUGAUGGUGACUUGUGGGGUAUACAUUUUAAAAACAUGAAUAAAUGACGCUUCGCAGAGGCGCUACGUCUAUCAAUGGUUAUUAGCUUUCGUAGGUAAAUGGAGCAUCCAUAGUCUGAAGCAGUUUAUCUCUGAGUGCAAGACACUGGGGACAGGCAGCAAGGCAGGGCUGUUGUGAGCUUCCCAGAUGCUUCCAGCUGGUUGCAGAACUAGCCAGACCCUUGAGUCGAAUCAGUGGGGCUCCUACAACAGUCCUUUCCUCCCCAAGCAAAAUAUAUUUUCAAGUACAUUUGGGUGUCGAUUGAGCAAAUUUCCUCCCUCUCUACCACAUCUGCCUUGUUGGUAAGAUCCACCAUUCUUCCUGCCAUUAAACAGCAACCACCACCAAAUAUCAUCAGAUUCCAGGCCUGGCAUAAACCCAAGAGCCCAGGCGCUGAGCCAAAGCCAACUUUAAUUGGGGGGGGGGAAGUUUCCUAGAAAGGGAAGGAGAACAGUCUUCUUCCCUGGUGGUUCAGGAGCAGGUUUUUAAAAGCCAGAUAAUUAAAAAUGUAGAAGCAGAAUAUCGAGUGGGAAACCGAGAGAGACAUUUGCCAAGCUGCCUCCUUUGCUUCUCCCCACCCCUGCCGUGUUGACAUCCCUUCUGUUUGCCUCCGGAGAUGAAUGGGGAGGGACCUGGGGCGAGGGCAAUGGUUAACCCUCUGGGGGGGCAGAAAUCAUUACACUCCCUGGGUUGCCCCAAAUCCCCCACCCAGUCGUACAAGCGUGCCUUCUGGCUAGAGGCUUCACGCAGCUGUUGUCAUGCAAAGCAAUCGAUGGGCAGGCCUGUUUGUCUGCGAAAUUUAGCAUGGGGCUUGCGGUUCCCCCAGAAGUAAAUAGAGAUGCUUUGAGGGUGGGGCAUUGUGCUGUGGAGCACAGCAAGGCUCUCUAAAGAGCUCUUGGCAAGGGAGGAAGUGGGCUUGGGAGAUAGGGUCGUGGAAAAGGGAGAGUUGGACCGGACCCCCGAGGGUCAUCGAGUCCAACCCUACAAUUCAAGAACCUCAGCAGGUGGUCAUCUGACCUCUGUUUAAAAACCUCCUAGGAAAGAGAGUCCACAACCUCCCGAGGGAGACUGUUCUUACUGUCAGAAAGUUGUUGGAAUCUCCUUUCUUGUAACUUGAAGCCAUGGUUCGGGUAGGUAGCCGUGUUGGUCUGACGCAGUCGAAAUAAAUAAAAAAAAAUUGUCCACUAGCACCUUAGAGACCAACUAUGUUAGUUCUGGGUAUGAGCUUUCGUGUGCAUGCACACUUCUUCAGAUGCACUGAAACAGAAGUCACCAGACCCUUAUAUAUAGUGGGGGUGGGGUUUUCUCAGAAGGGUAGAUGGGUGAUUGACUCAGUGGGUGUGGUAAACCUGUUGACGACUGUUAACAAAAGCUUAUACCCAGAACUAACUUAGUUGGUCUCUAAGUUGCUACUGGACAUUUUUUUUAUUUAUUUGAAGCCAUGGCUUUGGGUUGUAAGAAACAAAAUCUGCCCUUAUUCCCGUAUGGGGGACACAAGAGCCCUUAUAGAUUCCAGAGAAUAUUGAGAAGCAAAGCAGCUAGUAAGCCUGAUCUUUAUUGAACUGUUGCAACAGGGUGCUCCCCUCACACGCAGGAGAGCGGAGGGGGACCCAGAACCCAGGUGUGCCCGCCCUUAUAUAGACAUCUUAAAUUCCCUGCCCUGGACCUUGAGACCAGCCCUCCAUACAUCAUACAUACAUCACAGAAGGGGUGUAACCCAAGACCACCCCCCACAAACAUCAUACCUACGCCACAGAAAAGGUGGUCUACAACAGAAAUUUGAAUGUUGUUGUUCCUGUCUGCCAGGUUAUCUGAUAAUGCCUUAUCUGAUUGCCUUUCCUGGUAGUCUGUCCAUUCCUUUGAGAUGGUGAUUACCCACUUCCUGAGACAAUGGGAAGGUUCCCUCACCCCCUCCCUCCUUGCAGAGAGACAUUUGGUCAGUUUGGGAGUCAAAAUGGUUUCAGGGUGGUCUUCCUGUGCUGCUCCAGACAUGUGGUCCACUUAUCUAUGUACGUGCUUGGUUGGUACAUUUAUGAACAUUUAUUAUAUAUAUAAGCCCUUAAUUUUUUUAUUUCAGGGGCCUAGCCUCCAGAGCGGGGGCGGGGGAGGGGGACACACAAGCAUGCUAUAAUUCCAAGAGACUCACAGCCAACUAGAAACCCAUGUUUAGAAUACAAAACCUAAGUGUGGAAGAAGCUGCAUAAUGAGUCUGCAUUUGCACCUUGCAUUUCAAGCACUACGAUACCACUUUGAACAGUCAUGGCUUCCCUCAAAGAAUCAUGGGAAGAUAGUUUGUAGAGGGUGCUGAGAAUUGUUAGGAGACCCCCUUAUUCCCCUUCCCAGAACUACAGUUUCCAGGUUUCCCUGUGAAGAGGGACUGAUUGAUAACUUACUCUGGGAUCCGUAGGUGCUGCCAAAAGGAGAUAUGGCUGGCAUUCGGACCAAGAGCAUGCCCUGCUCCACAAGAUAUAGGACAUAACAUACAAUCUGAGGACUGGGAAAAGUUGUGGAAGGUAGAUUUGAAAUUUACAGAUUGUUCCCUUUUGAAAGAAAAUUAUAUGAAAAUGAUGUACAGAUGGUAUAUCACACCAGUAAAAAUGGCAAAAAUGUAUAAAACCGGGUCGAAUACAUGCUGGAAAUGUAAAGAAAAAGAAGGUACUUUGUAUCAUGUGUGGUGGGAAUGUAGAGAAGUUUAAAAAUUUUGGGACAUGGUAUAUAAUGAAUUGGGGGGGGGGGGGGAAAUGUUCAAAAUGACAUUUGUAAAAAAAACAACAGAUGCGUUUUUGUUAGGGAUUUUAGGACAAGACCUGCCAAGGAAAACAAAGAACUUAUUUAUGUAUGCUACUACAGCGCCAAAAGUCUUGUUAGCACAAGGAUGGAAGAAUAAGGAAACCCCAACGAAAGAACAAUGGCAAGAAAAACUGAUGAGUUAUGUGGAGUUGGCAAAGUUAACACAUGCAUUGUGUGAGAAGGACAAUCGUGACUUUAAGGAAGAAUGGGAAUUAUUUACAAACUACUUAAAAAGACAACAAAAGGAUUUGGACUCCUUAGCAGGUUUUGAAUAAACAUCCACAAAUUUAUUGGUAAAACAUAUGACAGAUAAGGAGACGCGGGUGGCGAUGUGGGUUAAACCACAGAGCCUAGGGCUUGCCGAUCAGAAGCUCGGUAGUUCGAAUCCCCGCAACAGGGUGAGCUCCCGUUGCUCGGUCCCUGCUCCUGCCAACCUAGCAGUUCGAAAGCACGUCAAAGUGCAAGUAGAUAAAUAGGUACCGCUCCGGCGGGAAAGUAAACGGCAUUUCUGUGCGCUGCUCUGGUUCGCCAGAAGUGGCUUAGUCAUGCUGGCCACAUGACCUGGAAGUUGUACCUGGAGUUGGCCACGACUGGACCUAAUGGUUAGGGGUCCCUUUACCUUUACCUAUGACAGAUAAGUCAAUGAUAUAUACAACUUUACAACAUGCAGAGAAUAAUAUGUAUAAACAAAUCAGAGAGGGGAGCUCAGGGAAGACUUUGGAGGGGGGGAGAGGGAGGGAAGGGGGGAUGUAAUUGGUUAUAUUGAUUUAUAAUUUGAUUUGUUAAAUUUGCUCAAUAAUAAAAAAAGAGCAUGCCUUGCUGCAACAUUUUCACAGAGGGGAGGGCUAUCAGUGGCUACUAGCCAUGAUGACUUUUGUAGCUAUGCUCCUGUCUCCUCUGUCGCAGGCAGUACGCCUCUGAAUGCAAGUAUCUACAGUGGUACCUCUGGUUACGUACUUAAUUCGUUCCGGAGGUCUGUUCUUAACCUGAAACUGUUCUUAACCUGAAGCACCACUUUAGCUAAUGGGGGCCUCCCGCUGCCGCCGCACCGCCAGAGCAUGAUUUCUGUUCUCAUCCUGAAGCAAAGUUCUUAGCCUGAAGCACUAUUUCUGGGUUAGCGGAGUCUGUAACCUGAAGCGUAUGUAACCCGAGGUACCACUGUAUUGCACUCAUGAUUGUGGGCUUCCCAUAGGCGUUUGGUUGGCCUCUGUGAGAACAGGAUGCUGGGCUGAUCCUUCAGAUCACUUCUUACAUUCCUAUUUUGUUGCAGGUUUUCCUUGUAUAUGCUGCAAGUAGGAAGAUUUCAGUAUUCACUCCAUAUAGCGAGUUAGGCAUAUACAUAAACGUAUAAAUUCAUACUGACGCAUUAAAAAACAAAUAGUGGGAAAGUGAAAAAGGGAGCAUAAAUAUUUUGCCCUGUAUUCAAACAGCAUGGUGUUUUUUUUAGAAAACAUCAUUUUGCAUUCAACUGGCUGUUCCGCUGCAGGACACCUAACAACUAAUGCCGUGUUUCUUUUUAUUAACAGUGCCUAAUUAUAAGAAAUUUUAAUCCCGGGGAAUUUUAACUAAAUCGUAUCCCAUAUCUUAAACAACUACCCGCUUUCAGUGGUUCUGUCUGCCACUUCCAGCGAUUUGCAAAGAUUAUUCAUGCUGCAAUUAACAGACAAAGCGCACAUUCUUUAAUCUACCAUCCGUACAAUUUUUCAUUUACUUAAGAUCUAAAUCAUCUGUUGCUUGGGAGCCACAAGUAGCUCAAACCUCAUGAUUUAGCGCACAAUCCAGGUGUGGGGAACGUCUGGCCCUCCUGAUUUUACCACUCUCAUCUUCCCUGAUCAUUGGCUAUGCACCUUCCUUUGACGAGUGGGGCGGGCACAGCUAAUUAGAGCAUUGUGCACAACUCUGAACAACUCUCAGCUCCUUGAACAAACUGCAGCACCCAGGAUUCCUAGGGGAAAGCCCCGUGGCUAGGAUAGCUCAGUUGGUAGAGCCACAAGACUCUUAAUCUCAGGGAUGUGGGUUCAAUCCCCAUGUUGGGCAAAAGAUUCCUGCAUUGCUGGCAGUUGGACGAGAUGAGCGUUGUGGUCCCUUCCAAUUCUACAAUUCUGUGAUUCAAGUGGGCCACUAACUCUUCUGCCACAGCCUUUUCAGAUCGCUUCCUUUUGCUACAUCUGACCUUGCAGCGAACAUGGUUUGUGGAACUGUUGAUUCCCAUGGCUAUUGCAUCUAUUAGAAGUGAACCUGGAUAUUGCCCAAUAGAUAUUGGGCAAUAGGUAUUGGUCAUAAUAUAGACGUGGAAGCAUGCAAGUGAUUGUGGAAUCUGGAUAUAAAAUUUACAGCAUGUUAUGGUUUAAGAGAAAAUUAUAUGAAAAUGAUAUAUUGAUGGUAUCUUACACCAAGUAAGUUGGCAAAAAUGUAUAAAUCUAAAUCAAAUAAGUGUUGGAAAUGUAAAGAGAAAGAAGGUUCUUUUAAUCGUAUGUGGUGGUCUUGUACAAUGAGGGGGGAAAGUAUUUGAUCCCCUGCUAAAUUUGCCCGUUUGCCCUCUGACGAAGAAAUUACCAGACCAUAAUUUUAAUGGUAGGUUUAUUGUAGCUGUGAGAGACAGAAUAACAACAAGAAGGUUAAAGCUUACUGGGAAAUGAUAUAUAAUGAAAUGAGAAGGAUGUUUAAAAUAACCUUUGUAAAAAAACCAACAACCCAGAUGCUUUUCUUUUGGGAAUUAUAGGGACAGAACUACCUAAAAUGUAUAGAAGCUUAAUCAUGCAUUCUACUACAGCAGCAAGAAUGUUACUUGCCCCAAAAUGGAAAGAAGCAGAAGUCCCAGCAAAGGAAGAAUGGAUACAAAAAGUUAUGGAAUAUGCAAAAAUGGCAAAACUUACCGGAAGAAUAAGAACUCAAGAUAACAAACUUUUUAUAAAAGAAUGGAAAUGGUUUAUCGAAUAUUUACAGAUAAACUGUAAACAGAUAAGAACACUGGCAGGAUUAUUAUAAUAACCUGCAGAUUCAUAAGGUUUUAUACUUAAAGAAGAUGAAUAAAUGAGCAUAUUAAGUUAAUUUGGUUGUGCAGAAGAUAUCAAAAACAAAUUUAAGGAACCACAGAAAGGGGGGGGGGGGAGGAAGUCAAGUUUUGAAAUGUCAAAAUGAUUGUGAAAUUAGUGAAGAAGUGAAGCACUGGAUAUGCUGCACAGUACACGACUAGGUGGCCGUGAUCUGACUUCUUCAGGAUCUUGUUGCAAAUUCUUCUUCCAUCUCUGUUCACUUAUUAUCUUCCAAACAUACAAAUUCCCUGCAAGCAAAAGUCUUGUUAGCUGCUGUGUAGCAGAAGGCGACCUCCCACUAGGCAGAUGGGGGCAGAGACAGCCUCUCAGCUCUGUGCUUUUCUCCCCAUUAGCAAAGUAGGUGAUCAGAAUCCUCUACUGUGGAUGAUAUUAAAUUGUUCAGAUCCCUAGUCGUGGGGCAGUGUGGAAUAGUGGUUAGAGGGUGGUAUUUAGGAGCAGGGAGACCUGGUUUCGAAUGCCUCUUUGGCCAUGAACCCUUGCUAGAUCCUCUUAACACAAGGGCAUAAAGAAGGAAUCCUUCUCUCGUAAGAAAUGCUUUCUCAAAGGCUGAAAUUCCUUCUUCCUUCUAGGUACUGGAAGUGGCUCCCUGUCUCAUGCAAUUAUCAGGACAAUUGCUCCAACCGGGCAUCUGUAUACAGUGGAGUUCCACCAGCAGAGAGCUGAGAAAGCCAUUGAGGAGUUUGAAGAGCACAAGGUCGGCCAUUUGGUGACGGUGAAGAACCAAGAUGUCUGCAAAAAUGGCUUUGGCAUCACUCACCUUGCAGACGCCGUCUUCCUGGACAUUCCGUCGCCGUGGGAAGCCAUAGGGCACGCCAAAUCCGUGCUAAAGCGUGAAGGUAUGUUACCUGUUUUGUGGUUUAUCCAUCUGGGGUCUGAGAUGGGCAUGGGAAGUAGAGAAUAUGUAGCAACAGAGGCCUCCAAAUUCCUCACUGGAAGAAAUAAUCCUCAAAUGAUAUUAUUGGAAUACAGUGGUACCUCGGGUUAAGCACUUAAUUCGUUCCAGAGGUCCGUUCUUAACCUGAAACUGUUCUUAACCUGAAGCACCACUUUAGCUAAUGGGGCCUCCCACUGCCGCUGCACAAUUUCUGUUCUCAUCCUGAAGCAAAGUUCUUAACCCGAGGUACUAUUUCUGGGUUAGCGGAGUCUGUAACCUGAAGCGUCUGUAACCUGAGGUACCACUGUAUAAGAUGUUAGCAUGUGAAAUACAGAUUUUAUUUUGCGGUCACGGACCAGCUAUGCACUGUGAAUGGGUUCACUUAAAAAAACAAAAAACCCUACCUUGAAAGGGGAUGCAAAUGCAAAAUCUCUUUGGGAAGUUUUGGAACUCUGGGGGAAAUGCGGGUGACUCAGAGUAGGCAGCGGCUAGGGAAGGGCCUGCGAUUGUGGCCACCGCCUCUGUUUGGGCAAGGAAAGUAAAGGUCGUGACUAGGGCUGGGUGGUAUCUGGUUUUCAGUAUUGUGAUAUACCAGCCAAACAUCUCAGUAUAACAAUAUAUCACGAUGUCUGAAAUAAGAAUGGAACUAUGCAGAGGCGAAUCAUAGGGCUGGCCAAUACAGUGGUACCUUGGUUUAAGAACAGCUUAGUUUAUGAACAACUUGGAUUAAGAACGCUGCAAACCCAGAAGUAGGUGUUUUGGUUUGUGAACUUUGCCUUGGAAGCAGAACAUGUUCCGCUUCCUGUUAAGUGUGUUCCAUUUGUAAAUUGAGUCCCCCGCUGCUAUGAGAAAGCACUCCUUGGUUUAAGAACGCUUUGGUUAAAGAGCGGACUUCCGGAACGGAUUAAGUUCGUAAACCAAGGUACUACUGUAUCUGGUUUUCAACACUAACUAAACUUUUCAAUAUACUGAUAUAUCACAAUGCCUGAAAUAUGGAUGGAGCUAUGUAGAGGCAUUGGUUUCACGGUUUUUCCUGCAUUGUGAUUUCUGCGUCACGCACGCACACACCAUGAUUCUCAAUAUAUUGCCAGGUCAAAAAAUAUGAAUCUGAUAUCACAAUAUGGACUUCAAACUGGUUUUGGAUGAUAUAUCAAUAUAUCACCCAGCCCUAGUAGUGACCUGUGAGUUGUAGCACUUUUAUACUUUUGUUCCUGCCAAGGAAUAGCAGAUGUGUUCCUUUUCCUGCCACAAAAACUGAGGUAGGUGGAAGUGUGUGAGAGAGAGCGACGGGCAGUGUUUGAACUCCCAUUGUUCUAGGCGCAUUUUGCAAGAGGGAAUUUCAUUAGCGCAAGCCGUUUUUGAACUCUGGGUGCAAAUUUCAGAUUGGGAGGGUAGACGGGGGGAAAUAAUGCAUGCAAAGCUCUGUGAACACUUGAAAGUGAUAUCUACCUGCUCAAUCUUUUAUUUUAUGUUAUUGCCAGGCUGUGCAUGGAGCAAAAAUGGCAAAAUAAUAAUAACUAUUAUUAUUUCCUGCUUCUGUCUGUGUUUCUGCAAGGAAUAAUGUUGCUGUGUGGACAGGAUCCUGACCUUUAAGCUCUGCAGCCCUUGUCUUGAAACGCUCGGCUUGUUGCUAAGAUCCAUUUAAAUCUUUUUACUUAAAAGCAAUUAAAAAUAAGAGCUUCAGGUUUUGCAGCAAGAGGCAGAGAUCUGAAAGGAGAAAAACAACUUUUCUCCCACUGUUCUCGCCCCCCCCCACUUUGAUUGCACAGUAAUUGGCAUGUGAAUAAUAUAAAAAGCUCUUGAACUUAUAGCUGAGCUGCGAGUGAGUGGGAAGGCAUAGUAAGCUUGAUGAAAGCAAAUUCUCUGCAACAUUUUGAUGGGUGUGCGUGUGUGUGAUAUAGAUUUUUAUUUUUAUUUUAAAUCCUGCUAAUGACCAGGGUGGUUGAAUGAAAGAUGAGGAAAGCCAUCUCUUAGGGCUUUGAGUCAAGAACAGUACACAUUUCGUACGCUUGGGGGCUGGGUCACUUGUGUGCAGUUAUCCCUUGAUGACAGCAGCAUUGAGUGAUGGAGGGGGGGCUUUCUUGGACUUGAGAAAGCUUAGGGCCCCGGGAUGUCUUUAUCCAGCCCUGCACCAAAUGCAAUAGGAUGGAACCAAGAGUUGUGAGCAGAAGGGAAAAUAUCUGCAAAUGAGGAACCUGUUUUGUUGUUGUUGUUUAGUCGUUUAGUCGUGUCCGACUCUUUGUGACCCCAUGGACCAGAGCACGCCAGGCACUCCUGUCUUCCACUGCCUCCCACAGUUUGGUCAAACUCAUGUUCGUAGCUUCGAGAACACUGUCCAACCAUCUCGUCCUCUGUCGUCCCCUUCUCCUUGUGCCCUCAAUCUUUCCCAACAUCAGGGUCUUUUCCAGGGAGUCUUCUCUUCUCAUGAGGUGGCCAAAGUAUUGGAGCCUCAGCUUCAAGAUCUGUCCUUCCAGUGUGCAUUCAAGGUUGAUUUUCUUAAGAAUGGAUAGGUUUGAUCUUCUUGCAGUCCAUGGGACUUUCAAGAGUCUCCUCCAGCACCAUAAUUCAAAAGCAUCAAUUCUUCGGCAAUCAGCCUUCUUCAGCCCCAGCCAGCAUGAACAAUGGUUGGGGAAGUGUUAGAAACUCGCUGUAACGAAAUGUCUAGUUGCCAUUUCGGGGCCAAAAGUCGUGUUUUUCAGUACGACUUUUGGGUUCCUGAAGUUCAUUCUGAUUGGGCAGAUAAAAUAUAAUGGAUAGAAUUCUACAGGAUGUGUUGUUAGUGUGUGAAAACAAGCAAGAGCCAAGAAUAACCAGGCAUGCACCCAUUGAUGGUGGAGACGUCAGGCGCUGUCCUGGCCCCCUGGGCAUCUUCACUUGGUCGCCAGUGGUCCAUAGCUACUGGCGAAUUUUGAACGCUGAGUUCGAAAAGGGUGGGAGAUGUAAGCUUGAAAGCAUUUCAAGGGGGACACCGAGCUUCCAUCCCUGCUGUAAGAAGGAGGUCCUAUAGAAAUCAUUCUGCUUAUGUUUAUGCAUAUUUUUCUGAUGCCACCUAGCAGGAAGUCUAACAUUGCCCUGCAGUUUGCUGAAGAUUCCUUUUGUAUGCUGAAGGGCAGAGCAUGUUUGGAUCCAAACCAGGACUUCUCAGUGUGCUUGAAUUCCAACUUCAGCUACCUUGAUCAAGUGCAGAGGCAGCAGGUUAUGCACAUGGGCGGUGAACUGGGGCUUCCUUUCCCAGAGGAGAAUUGAUUGCCCCGUGCCAAAUUGGAAACGGGGAUUUAGCGCUUUGUUGUUGUUGUUUAGUGGUUUAGUCGUGUCCGACUCUUCGUGACCCCAUGGACCAGAGCACGCCAGGCACUUCUGUCUUCCACUGCCUCCCGUAGUUUAGUCAAACGCAUGCUGGUAGCUUCGAGAACACUGUCCAACCAUCUCAUCCUCUGUCGUCCCCUUCUCCUUGUGCCCACAAUCUUUCCCAGCAUCAGGGUCUUUUCCAGGGAGUCUUCUCUUCUCAUGAGGUGGCCAAAGUAUUGGAGCCUCAGCUUCAGGAUCUGUCCUUCCAGUGAACACUCAGAGCACUCAAUCAUUCCUUCAGAACACUCAAUCAUUCCUUCAGAAUGGAUAGGUUUGAUCUUUUUGCAGUCCAUGGGACUCUCAAGAGUCUCCUCCAGCACCAUAAUUCAAAAGCAUCAAUUCUUUGGCGAUCAGCCUUCUUUAUGGUCCAGCUCUCGCUAUCCGCCACCAAAGGCUUCAGAUUCAAUCCACAUUAUACAUGAUUAAAGCAUUGCUUCAAGCUCAGCCGGCUCCUAAGCUGCAGUCCUGUCCUUGCUUACCUAGGAGCAAGCCCCAUUGAACUCAGCAAGACUUACUUUUGAGUAGACAUGCACAGGACUGCACUUCCGGAGUCCAUCUUUGGGUGUUCUCAACUCGCAAUCACUUCUGUUCCCACGGCACAGCAUCGCCUCUGCUUGUGAUCUGGAGACUUGUAAAUUGCAUUGACCUUAUAUCUGGAAUAAAUUUAGGCAAAAAAGGCAAUGUGACAAGAUGCCAGAAGAACAUUCCCAUGGUCCCAUGGGUGUUGCUGUUAAAGCGCAGUCAGGGUUCCAGUUCAAGUCAAAUGCCAACAUUUUGAGUUAUGCAUGUACAAAAUACUUGCAGAAUCAUGGCUGUUGUACUCCACUGUAUAAACAACUCAAACCACCAACAGUUUGGGGUGAUGCUGUUUCCCCCUCCAGCUUUGUCCUCGAAAAGAUGAUGGUGUCACGAUUUGUGUCUGUCGCCAUCAAAACCCAAAAAUUCCAUUGGAAGAGUUUCAGGCACUUACAAAAGUACAGGAAGCUAACUUGCAUUGGGCCAGGCCAUUUGCCUACCUAUCUCAAUAUUGUCUGUCUCAAGCACAUAUCUCAGUGUUGGAAAUUAAUCAUAGAAUUGUAGAGUUGGAAAGGACCCCAGGGAUAAUCUAGUCAGGGGUCAGCAAACUUUUUCAGCAGGGGGUCAGUCCAUUGUCCCUCAGACCUUGUGGGGGACCGGACAAUAUUUUGAAAAAAACAACCCAAAAACAAACAAAUUCCUAUGCCCCACAAAUAACCCAGAGAUGCAUUUUAAAUAAAAGGACACAUUCUACUCAUGUGAAAACAUGCUGAUUCCCGGACCAUCCAUGGGCUGGAUUUAGAAGGCGAUUGGGCCUCAGGUGAUGAAUGCAAGGUCUUGGUAGGUAAGAGGUGGUCCCCGGAUGCACCUGACCCCCAGGUUGUGCAGGGCUUAAUAUUAGCAUCUUGAGUCGGGCUCAGUAAUAUUUGAAGCUGGGAAUGUUGUUCCUUUCCUAUUGCCAAGUGGGCAAACAAUCAAUUCACGCACCUUUGCCUUAGCCUGACGUUCUACUCUACCGGCCGUAAAGCUUAUCUGAUUUCUCAGAUGAGCAAACUGCACUGUACUUAAUUAUUUUAGGGUGAAUAAUUUAGUAGCAUUUCCAAGGCUAGCUGCUUUCUGCUGGUUCUCUGGGAAUUCCCUGCUGUGUGUCUGGGAACUCGAGCUUCCCAGCAUAGGAGCUAGCAAUGUGUUCAGCAGUGAUGACUGGAGUGAAAAUACAUCAUGGGCGAAAACGAAAGCUGCCUUUCACAUCUGCAUGUCAUCUGCAUAAUUCUUAUUUUGAAAUUAACGUGAAAAACGCCAAAGUAUGGUUGGUGGGCAUUUUGUGCGUAUUUCACAGUGCCCCUGAGGCCAAAUUGGAUGAGGCACUGUGAUUUUUAACAUCACUGCCAGGUAUAAUAGGGUCCCUGAUAGCAGGAAUCGAAUAGGAUAUGUUUACAUUUUAGUAUUAACUUUACAGGGGGGCACUUAACUUUUUUGUGCUUGCCCCCCUUUUUUGAAGGGGUUACCAUACUAAAAUUGGGAAGUAGGGGGUUGUGGAUUUCAUAGAUGGCCCCAACACACACACACACACACACACACACCCCUACCCCUCUUUGCCCAUAAUUCAAGCCUAGGGUACCUUCCCAUCUAUUUAAACCAUCACAUGCAGGCAAGGAGUGUGCAAUCUAGCUUACCAACUCUUAAUAUGACAGGCUAAAAGGAGGAUGACAUGCUGCCUCCUCCCUCCUCCCCCCUCGAUCACAUAACAUUUUAUUUGAAAAGUGGGUGUUAAUUUUUAAUGUUAAACAUCCCAUAAAUCCCUUUAACAAGAGGAGAGGGAGCCUCUUCUGCCCUUGCGUGACUCACUCCCUGAUCUCUGAAUAGUUGCAGUUCAUUAUUUUAAUAGCCUUGAGGGUUAAUGGUCUGUUAAGCAUCCCUCCAUAGCUGCUGCUCCUUCUCCAGAUUGCAUUGACCUGCCUCUUUAAUGACCUGGGAGAUUUUCUUUUUCUUUCCCCCCAAAGAUAGAUACUUUGGGUUUGUGGCUUUCGAAGGUCCUUAUUCAUUGCCCGGUGAGGUGUAGCAUGCUGGGACCAGCCUUGUGGCUGUGUACCUUUUGGCCAGGGCUUCCUGCUACGGUCGCUGUGGGCUUCCUGACAGCAGCGGUUCUUGCUUUCGAAAGCUGCUGCACUGCAGAUCUCCCUUCAUCUUCUAAACCUGCGCUGCCUCUCGCCUCUCCCCACCCAACCCUUGCCUUUGCAGCAUCUGCUGACAAAACGAUUUUCAGUGUGAUAGUUGCUGUGCCCGAUGCCUCUGACCUUGAAUGCGUUGGAAAUUCCUGCAUUAUUAUUAAUAAUAAUAAUAGUAGAAGUAGUAUUCACACUCCCUUAGAAGGAGCAGGUACGCAUUUCAGGAGCAUCCCUGGAUCCACUGCUGUUACCUAGAGAUGGUUCAGAAACUUCAGCCGGUGCAGAAUUUGGCGGCCAGGUUGUUCACUGGGGCAAGAUGGUUGACACCAGCCCUGGCCUGACCUCACUGGCUGCCAGUUAGUUUCUGGGCUGGUUUUGACCUAUAAAGCCUUAAUAAAAUAAUAAUUGAGCCAGUGUGGUGUAGUGGUUAAGAGUGAUAGACUCGUAAUCUGGUGAACCGGGUUUGCGUCUCCGCUCCUCCACAUGCAGCUGCUGGGUGACCUUGGACUAGUCACACUUCUCUGAAGUCUCUCAGCCCCACUCACCUCACAGAGUGUUUGUUGUGGGGGAGGAAGGGAAAGGAGAAUGUUAGCCGCUUUGAGACUCCUUCGGGUAGUGAUAAAGCGGGAUAUCAAAUCCAAACUCUAAUAAUAAUAAUAAUAAUAAUAAUAAUAAUAUUUUAUUUAUAUCCUGCCCUUCCCAGCCAAAGCCAGGCUUAGAGCAGCUAACAACAAUAAAAGUAACACAGCAUUCUAAAAUCAAUCCAUUCUAAAAUCAAUUCAAAAUCAAAUUAAUGGCAACCAUUGGGCUAGAGUUCUAUGAGGAUUACCAAAGGAGGGAGUCAGACUGUGCCUUGGCCAAAGGCCUGGUGGAACAGCUCUGUCUUGCAGGCCCUGCGGAAAGAUGUCAAGUCUUGCAGGGCCCUAGUCUCUUGUGACAGAGCGUUCCACCAGAUUGGGGCCAUGGCCGAAAAAGCCCUGGUUCUGGUUGAGGCCAGCCUAACCUCCCUGUGGCCUGGGACCUCCAAGAUGUUUUUGUUUGAAGACCGUAAGGUCCUCUGUGGGACAUACCAGGAGAGGCAGUCCCGUAGGCACGAGGGUCCUAGGCCGUAUACGGCUUUAAAGGUUAAAACCAGCACCUUAAAACUGAUCCUGUACUCCACCGGGAGCCAGUGCAGGUGGUAUAGCACUCAGUGCCACAGUACCUCAAGGACCACCUCUCUCCAUAUGAACCACCCAGACCCUGUGGUCAUCAUCCGAGGCCUUCCUUGUGUGCCUCCUUACUUGAGGUCCAGAGGGUGGUAACACAAGAACAAGACUUUUCUGUGGUGGCUCCCCGUUUGUGGAAUGCUGUCCCCGGGGAGACUCGCCUGGCACCUUCAUUGCAUAACUUUAGGCACCCGGCGAAAACCUUCCUCUCUUCUGAGGUGAAUUAAACCAUCUUUGGCCUUUUAGACUGGGGGGGUUAUUGUUUUUGUUUGUUGCUAUUUUCUCUUGUGUUUUUAUAUUGUCAACAGCCCUGUGAUCCUCAGAUAUAUAGAAAUUUAAUAAAUAAAAAAUUAAAGAGGAGGCUCACUCCAGUUCUGGUGUGUCGAUGAAGAUGCACAAACACUUUUUUCCCAUUAAUUCUGAUGUGCUUCGCUGUAGGACAUGUUCAAAUGCUCAGUCAGUGACAGCUCCUGAUUUCUAAUGCACUCAUACUCCCACAAACUAAAUGGGAUAUUGAAUUGGAAGAUUGUUGGCGAUCCCAGGGCAUCCCAGGGCAUCUCUUUCAUCCCCAGGAGGACAAUAGUGGGAUUGUCUAGUGAACGAUGUUUACAGAUCUGAAGUUCCUGGGUGGUGGGAAUUUGCCCGUUCCCCUUCCGGGAACUGACAAUUUCAUUAAUAGUACUUUGGGUUUUGUUGUUGAAAAGUAUUUCCCAUUAUUUCAAUAAGCCUUGCAAGAUACCCUGUUGGUCAGCACUAUCGCUCCUUCUUUACAAACUGUUUGUUUGUUACAGAGUUUUAAAAGUUUUUAACACACCUUCUAAAUUCUUUCUAUACGUUUUAGAUUGUCCCAAGGAAGGAAAACUCCCCCCACCCCAAAAAAACACACACAAAUCAAGCUUUUUCCAAAACACAUUGUUGGACAUUUACUACAGUAACCCUUUUGCAAGUCUGUGACUCACUGGUGGAGCAUCUGCUUUGCAUACAGAAGGUUGCAUCUUGACUCCCCAGCAUAUCCAGGUAGAACUGGAAGAGACCGCAGUCUGAAAUCUGGGGAGCUGCUGCCCAUCAAUGUAGGCCAUGCUGAGAGGUGAAUUUCGGGCAGUGUGGCUGGUUAUGCUGCACUGGGCGCUUAGCUUGGGGGUGCUGCAGGACGUUGCAACGAUGACAUAGUGAACUGGGCAGAACGCAAGGCGAGAGGCUGGGGGCACUGAAUUCUAACCUCGCACAGGGCGCCGACGCAGUUGGAAAAGACCAAAGUCUACCCCUGCCAUACUGACAGCGGUCUGACUCCAGCUUCCUGUGUUCCACUUGGAGAUCAUAGAAUUGAAGACUUGGGAGGGACCCCCAAGGGCCAUCUAGACCAACCCCCUGCAAUGCAGACAUCCUGCCCACAGCCAUACCUGGGUGGGCUCGAACCACCAACUUUCUGGUUAGCAGCCAAAUGCAUUGAACUGUUGUGCCACUCUAUUUUGGUUUCUUUUAUCUUGUGCCUCCUGUUGUUGUUGUUGUUAAGGAUGUUGUGAAACCAUCUAGAAAGCUGCAUGGUCUGAUCCAGAAACUCUCUUAUGUCUGUCUUAGUGGUGAUCGCAAUAUGUCUGUGCCUUACCUGUUAGGGCUUCCUCCAGCUACUGCUGCAGACGACUAUUUCUUAUAUUUCGCUUUCUCUGUCUCUUCCUAAAUAAUCCUCCUCCCCACCCUAAAAUGUUUGGGGAACUUUUUAAAAAAAGAGGCACAUAACAUCAGGCUUCCAACAGAAACCCCUCCUUAAUCCUGCGCUGAAGAAGCCCAGAUGAUGUGCUUAGAAGAAGAUGUGCGGCACUUCAUUUGCAUAACGUUCUGACUGCAGCAUUUAAACUCCCGAAUAAUUAGGAAGAGCUUGGCACGGAUGAGGAAGCGGAGGGAGGGGGGAUAAAUAAAUAAAUGGCCAAGGAUGGAGAGCUCUAGAAAAACGAGAGACCAGCGUGCAGCACUUCUGUAGCUUCACCGCAGAUUUAAACAAAAUCUAAUUUUCAUAUCUUUCCCUCUCCCCGUUGGAAGCGGUCAUUCUGUAAGGGGGAGAGGGCUAUAGAUCUCCAAUAAAGAAUUAUCAGUGCCCUCAUCUACAGUUCGCUGGGUUCUUUUUCCUUUUGGGGGGUAUGGGGAAGACAUGGCUUUUAAACUGACACAGAACAUGCAUGAGUUUGUAAUGUAGAUAAUACUUCCUUUGGAACCCCUCCCUGCCUUCACCCAGAUGCUGCCCCCGUAGGAAUCUGCCCUUACAUGGAGUCAGACAAUUGGUCAUACAAUCAUAGGAUCUUAGAGUUGGAAGGGACCCGUGGGUCAUCUAGUCCAACCCCCUGCAAUGCAGGAAUCUCAGCUAAAGCAUCCAUGACAGAUGGUCAUCCAAUCUCUGCUUAAAAACCUCCAAGGAAGGAGGGUCCACCACCUCUCAUGGGAGUCUGUUCCACUGCCGAACAGCUCUUACUGUCAGAAAGUUUUUCUGAAUGUUUAGUCGGAAUCUCCUUUCUUGUAACCUAAAUCCAUUGGUUCAUGUCCUACCCUCCAGAGCAGGAGAAAACAAGCUUUCUCCAUCUUUCAUGUGACAGCCCUUCAGAUAUUUGAGAUGGCCAUUCAUAUCUCCUCUCAGUCUCCUCUUCUCCAGGCUGUACAUACCCAGCUCCUUCGACCGUUCCUCAUAAGGCUUGUUUUCCAGACCCUUGGUCAUCUUGGUUGCCCUCCUGUGCACAUGUUCCAGCUUCUCAACAUCCUCCUUAAACUGUGGUGCCCAGAAUUGGACACAUUAUUCCAGGUGUGGUCUGACCAAAGCAGAAUAGAGUGGUCCUAUGAUUUACACUGACUUGCAACAGCUUCUCAGUAUUUCAGACAGGGUUCUCUCCAAGACUUACCUGGAGAUGAAAGGGGUUGAGCCUGGGGCAACCAUCUACAUGAACAUAAGAACAGCAGAAGAUGUCUGCUGGAUCUGGCCAGGGGCCCAUCUAGUCCAGCAUCCUGUUCUUGCAGUGGUCAGCUAGCUGCCUCUGCAUACAAACCAGAUGCUCUAUUCCAUUGAUAUUCCACAUCCCACCCAAGAAACCCCCAACGAAUGCUAGUUGUUGUUUAGUCGUUUAGUCGUGUCCGACUCUUCGUGACCCCAUGGACCAGAGCACGCCAGACACUCCUGUCUUCCACUGCCUCCCACAGUUUGGUCAAACUCAUGUUGGUAGCUUCGAGAACACUGUCCAACCAUCUCUUCCUCUGUCGUCCCCUUCUCCUUGUGCCCUCCAUAUUUCCCAACAUUAGGGUCCUUUCCAGGGAGACUUCUCUUCUCAUUAGGUGGACAAAGUAUUGGAGCCCCAGCUUCAGGAUCUGUCCUUCCAGUGAGCACUCAGGGCUGAUUUCCUUCAGAAUGGAUAGGUUUGUUCUUCUUGCAGUCCAUGGGACUCUCAAGAGUCUCCUCCAGCACCUUAAUUCAAAAGCAUCAAUUCUUUGGCCAUCAGCCUUCUUUAUGGUCCAGCUCUCACUUCCAUACAUCACUACUGGGAAAACCAUGGCUUUAACUAUACGGACCUUUGUUGGCAAGGUGAUGUCUCUGCUUUUUAAGUUGCUGUCUAGGUUUGUCAUUGCUUUUCUCCCAAGAAGCAGGUGUCUUUUAAUUUCGUGACUGCUGUCACCAUCUGCAGUGAUAUUAUUAUUAUUAUUUUACUUCAUUAAAGUUGAGAUGAUUAGAAGAACAAAUGUGGUGCUAGUCAGGCUUGAGACCUGACAUGCACGGAAUCUUGUAUGCUUUUCUUCCAGCCAAACCUUGCUUCAUGGGUGAUGCUGUGAUUUGUCAGUGAUCCACCCCCCUUGUAAUGAAUUUAGUGCAUACUCCCAUCUUUCUUUGGAGAGCUGAACCCUCUGAUUUCCCUUGUCAGCGAAACAUCCGUUUGCCCACGUACCUGCUCUCUUGAAGGACGUUCUGUCCCCCUGUUUGCAAAGGCAAUGUUUUUAGUGCACUAGUAAGCAUUGAGCAAAUGCCAAAAAAAGGAUGCUGCUGUCUGAUGUUGCUGCGCACCCCCUCAAACCAUCACUGCCUCCCACUACCAUCUAAUGCCACCAAGAUAAUGGCAAUUCUCUGCUGUUGUUGUGACGCAGCCGUGGCAUCGCAGCACCACGGUGAACGCGUUUCUAAAAAUACAUAAGUUUAAAUGGCGGGGCGUUGCUUCUACGGUUUCUUUUUGGUGCCUUAAAUUGUUAGGAAGACUUUUAUUUCCCAGGAAGGGUGGUGAGGACCGUUUCUGAUGUUCAAGAAAGCUAGAUUGUUAGCACCUGUCUUUCUCGAGAGGCAAUGGAGUGCUCUUCCAAGGGUGAAGUCAAAACUGCUGAAUUAGCAGCACCAAAGCGACCUCCUUGGGGCGCAGGCCUGGGCAGUGUGUAUGGAGGUCCUGGGCUGCCCAGACGACAAGACCCCUAUCUCGGCCUCGCUGGUGUGGUCCAAAGGAAAGCAGAACUGUACGUUUGGCACCAGCUUGGCUGCAGGAGUUGCUGGAAGGAUGUGUACAAGGUGCCAUCCAACUGCCUUAGGGACUCCACUCCAGGUUUGUGGAGGGUUUACUCCUUAACCUUUUCUCCUGAAGAUGUCCUGUAAGGAAUCAUAGGUUUAAAGGUAAAGGGACCCCUGACCAUUAGGACCAGUCGUGACCGACUCUGGGGUUGCAGCACUCAUCUCGUUUUAUUGGCCGAGGGAGCCAGCAUACAGCUUCCGGGUCAUGUGGCCAGCAUGACUAAGCCGCUUCUGGCGAACCAGAGCAGCACACGGAAACGCCGUUUACCUUCCCGCCAGAGCGGUACCUAUUUAUCUACUUGCACUUUGACAUGCUUUCAAGCUGCUAGGUUGGCAGUAGCAGGGACAGUGCAAUGGGAGCUCACCCCGUCGCGGGGACCUUCUGAUCGGCAAGUCCUAGGCUCUGUGGUUUAAUGUCCCUAAUCAUAGGUUUAGGUAUUAAGAAAUAAAGCACUGGAAUGUUGACGUUACCUUAGGGCAAUUCAGAACAAAUCAGUGUCCUCCAGAUGUUUUUGGAACACCCAUUAUCCCUGACGAUGGUGCAUGCUGGCUGGGUCUGGUGGCUACCCCUGGUCUACACCUGACUGGCAGUGUCUCUCCAGAGCUUCAGACAUGAGUCAUUCCUGGUCCUAGCUGGAGGCACCAGGGACUGAACCUGGGGCCUUCUACCUGGAAAGCAAAAGCUCCGUACCUGAGCUUAUGGCCCUUCUUGGGAGAUCUACUUAGGGAUGGGAGGUCACACCUGCCCACACAAGGGCAACACUCAGUUAGGCAUUUGCUUGGGAUUCCACCGCUUCUCAACAUGAAGUCCUUAGAAGUAGGUCUUUCCCUUCCCUGGAGCCCCUACUCACCUUUCAUGCUGUUGGAAGCUGAUGAUCUCUCACUUAUCCCCAUGUGACACUGGGAGAAGCAGCAGCCCCACCCUUAGGAGAAGAAGCUGUCCUUGUCGUGGUAGCACUGGAUGCUGGUUGGAAACUACAGAGCAGGGCCAAGGUGUGUUUGCCAAGAUGAUGGCCAGCUGCUUUUGGAGAUAGGAUGGUGGGUGAAAGAUGGACUGUGAUUUGGUGCAACAUGGUAUAUCUUGUGGCACUUGAGUUCUUGAUGCAGGGGUCUCAUGGCAAGGACAUUGAUCCCAGACUGGUACUAGGUGCUGGUUCACUGCUCCAGCUUGACGGCUUGGUACAGCUUCUAGAAACAGGACCCAUACACCUUGAUUGCAGGUGUUCCUUUCUCUUUUGUUCCUCCUAGCUCUCAUGAGCCAGUCACGGGUCUGGAUUUGUCGGGAAGCCAAAGAGGGCCAGAAAUUGAAGUGCAAGUAUUGCAAAUGGCUAAAUUAUUGGCUUCUUUGAGUCUUGUGAUUCCUGUGUCUGCAGUGGCAAGGAUGUUCAAAGGCCCUGCACAGGGUGAUUGAUAUGGACCCUUCUGAUGAGAAUAUGCAGGUGUCGAAUAAAGAUCUAGGGUUCAAAAAUGGGUUGAAAAGACAUUUGCAAGUUAUAGUGCAAAAUAAUAAUAAUGAAGAACUACGAACCUCGGAAAUAAAGGGCAUGGGGCAUGUACAGAGUGCAGCUCCCUUGCGAGAGAGGAAACACUGCAUUAAAUAAGGUGAUUCCACGAUAUAACAUCAUUUAUUUAUCUUCACGUUUUAUGGCGAUUGUCAGCAAUACAAAACUGCUAGAACAUUUGCAAAGCUAAGCAGGGCCCGGUAUGGUUUCAAAUUGGAUGGGGGACCACAUAUUGAGAUUCCUGCAUUGCACUAAAUGACCCUUGGGGUGCCACCCAACCCUACAGUUCUGUGACUAAUAAAUGUUGAUUAUCUAUUGAUAUAUCUUGACAUUAUUUUCAGAGGAUUUGGUUUGGGGGUCAAUGCCCAUUUUAUAAGCUCAUCAAGGGGUCACGGGACUCAGAGGUUUGGGCAACCCCGCUUUACAUAGUUGUGGGCUGCAGUUCUGGCACGAGACUGUUUAUAGUACAGCAAGGCCCAACGCUACUGCACAGGCUACAAAACAGUAUUCUUUGUGUUUUGUGAAGGCAGUUAUUCAGAUUAUGGGAAUGCAUGAAUUAUCCAUGGCCCUUUUGUCUCCCGAGGGAUUGCUGACAUAGCCUCCGUUGUAAAGCAGGUGACUCAAGACUUCAACAUUGAGAAAGUGGAUGGGAAGAUCUUGUACUGUGUGCACCCCUCGUUUCCAAUCUCUCCAGCCCGAGCUGUGCUUUGACCUGUGCAAACUCCGAAUCCUCUCCUACUUAUCGCGUCUGCCGGCCUUCCGUCUAAGCUCUUUCCCCCAGCCUACGAGAAACAGGGAGGCUUGACCUCUCCGCAAAAGUGGCUCCACAGAGCUCUUUUGCCCCCUGCGCCGAAUGGAUGUGGGCUGGGAGGGUUUCGACAGGCCCCCUCAUUGUUCCCCCCACCUCCACGCCGGCAGUUUCAGAUGCAUUAUACAUGAAUGCAUUCAUUUUUUAAGACAGCUCCCCGGAUCAAAAGGCUCACGCAGCUUCCCAAUGUGAGUGAGACUAAUCUGGGAUAAUUACUGUAUCAACUCGGGCUAACACACAGAUCUCAUUAAACAAAUUGAGUGGGGGGUAGCUGUUUCGAAAGUUGGGGGGCAGGGGUAGGGGAGUUCUUGAAGGAGGCACAUUGGGGUUGGUUGCAGUGGGGAGCAUUCACACAACACACCUUUCUCGUUAGGGGUUUGUUCCUGUGCUGGAAUUCCCUUGGGAAGCUGUGUUGUGGAAACUGCAGCUACAGAAGAACUGCGCAGCGAUAUUCACCAAAAAAUAAAUAAAUCCUGUGUUAGUUUUGUUGGAAGCUGCCCAGAGUGGCUGGGGCAACCCAGUCAGAUGGGCAGGAUAUAAGAAAUUUAUUAUUAUUAUUAUUAUUAUUAUUAUUAUUAUUAUUAUUAUCAUUAUCAUCAUCAUCAUCAUCAUUGGUCUCUAUUCUGACACACAAACACACACACACCCCAGGAACCCUGGGAACUAGUUCUGACAAAUGGGGCUGGAGAUCUCUUUUGAUUACCCAACUGCAGCUCCCAAAAUCCUUUGCAGGAAGCCAUGACAGCAAAGUGACAUAAGAUGUCUGGUAAUGCAGAUGCGCCCAUGAGUUAACACAUAGAGACAUGCCCACACACCUCAUGGAUUUAAGAAUGCGUUGCUUCUGCAGCCUGGCUUAGAACGCAUGUCUCAAAAACCCAACUGUGGGUCUUCUCUGGUUUGGUUUUGUUGGAAAAUGUUUACAUUUGGGCCAUCUUUUUCAUUUCUCUGGAGCUCUGCUGAUGUAACUGUCAGUCAUAGCACUUCCAUGACAUUCCAGGGCGAAACUCUUGAGAAGCCUGAUGGGAACAAUAGUAAGCUGCUCCCAAUGUCCUCCCGGCGCCUUCUCUUGAGCACAAAGCAUUUAUUGUGAGGUGACAUUUCACGGAGAUCCCAUUCUCCCCCCCCCCCUCCCUUGCAGCCAUUUCCCUAAACGCUGAGAAUACCCAGCACCCUGGUUAACAUCCUCUGGUUUUUUUGUUUUUGUUUUUUAAUGCUUAGCUUGGUGGCAAAAAGCCAGAAUAUAUUGUCUGUUAGAGCUGUGAUUUAUUAAUUAGACUCCCCUCUGGGUUUCCCUUCUGUGCUGUUUUCUUAAAAUGAACUUGGCACUGCAGAAAUGCAAACAAGCUUGAGCUGGGAAGGAACCUCUGCUCCAGAUGUUCAGCGAUUUGGAGGGUGAUCUGAGUGACACCCGCGUACCCGCGUGCGCACAGUCGCCUCUUGCGUUCCGGAUGCUCCAACAUAAACAAAUGGGCCGUAUUGGAGCAAACGGGGGCAGGUUGUGGGGGUGUUUCACCUGCUCCAUCACGCUUGGCACAGGGAGCAGAGAAGCACUUUUGCCUUCCAAGGCGCAUGGUAAACUUGCCCAUCAUCAGCAAGGCCUUUGUGAGUUGUGUGGGUGUGUUUUCCCCCCUUUUAAUUCUCAGACUGAGCCAGCCAUCGGUCCUGCAGAACCAUUUGUAGCAGGAUUAGCAGCCAUGGGAUUAGUUAUUCAGUGACGAUUUACUUUGAGUGCAUCUGUGCAGGGCUGAACUCACAAUCUCCCUGCGAUGUCCCCGUCCCCCGUCCCCCCCGUGAGACAAACACAACCUGAUUCUCAGGGACCACCUCCUUACUGGCUUCCUGUGGCUUCUCCUGGUCAAAAUCACUGGGCUUCUUCGGUCUUUUGAGGGCGACACAUUAAAAAUCACGUGAGACCUCCUAGUUGCCAUCCUUUAGGUUUUAGACCCCUCCUCUAGAACUCUGAAGCAGGAGUUUGGGCUCUGUUGCAUGUGCAUGAACAUUAAGGUGCAAUGCAUUGUCUGAUCGCUGCAACUGGUGAUUUUAAACUGUUAAUAUAUUACAAGACGAUUAGUUUUUUUCUAAUACAUUUUAAAAAAUGCUUUUAGAUACAAUGCAAUGAAGUGGUUAGGCUAGGACCUUGGAGGCGUGGGCUGUGUACACACCAGACAUUUAAAGCACACUGAAAGCACACACACACCCGCCCACAAAGGACUGCAGUUUCCCCUUACAGAACUACAGUUCACAGAAGCCCUGUGGGAUAGUUUAGCCUGAGAACUGGUUUGGCCCAAGGUCAGCCAGUUAACUUCAUGGCCGAGUGAGGAUUUGAACCCAGGUCCCCCAGGUCGUUGUCCAACACACUGGCCACUCCAUCACACUUAGGCUUGUCACCUUUGUUCUGGCAAAAUACAGGAGAGAGUGGGGCGGUACAGUUGGGGGGAGAAUUUGUGUGUGUGUGUGUGGCGCUGAAGCGACUUCAAAGCAAUCCAUUACAAUAUCUUACAGGAUGGCCCCUCUGGAAUGUCUCUCUCUCUCUCUCUCUCUCUCUCUCUCACACACACACACACACACACACACACACACACAUUUGUAAACCUAUCUGUGCUUUGCUACCCAGAGCUUAAAUACGUGACCUUUCACACACCCUUUCUCAAACACAUGCAUUUGGGGAGGGUCCCUAACUUGGCACAGAGAGAGAGAGAGAGAGAGAAGUCCUGAAAUACAGGACAAAACUAUCAGUACAGGACAUAGCAUUUUACAUCGAAAUAUGGGGCAAUCCUGUAUUAUUCAGGGACGGGUGGCAACCCUAAGUCCACACUGGCUCCAUAAAUCCAGGUCGGUUUUUUGUUUGCUUUCAUAUGGAAGAUCCUUUGCAAAAUGUUCUCACCUGCCAAGUAGUGUGGUCCCAAAUUGGACCACCUUUUUCUGCUUGACUUGUGACUUUCCUCUUUUAAGUGAGCGUUGGAUAUAAACAGGGCACUCUGGUGUCCCCAUUACCCUCUAUUUUUAUCAGACAGGUUGCCUUGUUAUCAUUUGCAUAGAUUGCAUAACAGGCUUUUUCUUCUUCUUCUUGCGGGGCGGCUGCAAAGGAGGGCGCCUUCGUUAGAGGACCCAGCAGCCGGCUGGGGAGAUGGGAAAAGAAUGCAGAGCAGCCGAACAACAAUUAGCGCCACCCCAGCCAUUAUUUUUCUCUCCCCCUUCCCCCACUCAUUAAAACCUACUUCGUGCCAGGAAGCCUGCCUUAUGAGGACAUUACAUCAUGAGCAAGACCACAUGAUCCCUGGAUUUCUGGCAGACCACGUCCUUUUUUAAUUCCUUGAGCUGAUUUGGCCGGGUGGCUUUUCAGAGCAAAGACCGAAGCCUUCUAUUCCCAGCUGCAGAGGUGACAUUGUGACUGAACGGGAGAUGCAAUCUCUCCCCCGUAAAGGGAGGAAAGGUGCGUCUUAAAAGCUCUGGACUGGAGGCGGCUUCGGGUACUAUCUAGGAACAGAGCCUCUCUUCAAACAGGACCGUCUGAAAGAUGUUGGUUUCUGUCUACUCUUUGCAAUGUUCCGUUUGACAGAUCUGUUCGCCUUGGGAUUUUGUCGUCUCUUGUCGCCUUGCGUUGAUGCAUUCAGGAGAUGCGAAGCCUUUUGGAUGGAAAGCUAACAGUCUCCAGAGCACUCCAUCUAAGGACUGGGGAUUAUUCUGUUUACACAUACCAUCCCCCUUAAAUAAACACAACCCUGUUCCACUCGAUCUGCAUGUAAUAUCGCUGGCAGUGCGGUGUAGGCCCCAAAGCACAUCUCAAGAAAAAAUUGGUGGGCGAAUUGGACUAAAACGUGUGAAUAUUGUUUCAUCGAAGAAUCCUCGGAACUCUUAAUUUGCUGAGAAAUCUCUUCUGGGGAUUCCUAGCUCACUGUUUGCAGAGAUACAACAUUCCUCCAGGAAAAGGGCAAAUAGAGACUGGCCCGUGAAACAGCAUUUUAAAGGGGGGGGUGAAUCUAGGGAAAUCUGGAAAAUUAGAAAUCAGUUUGCUUAACAUCUGGUGAAAAGUUCUAUUAAAGAAUUACUAAGCACAUAAAAGAACAAGUCUUGUAGAAGCAGAACCAGCAUGGCGAGGUUCUAGGACUUAUUGACAAAUUAAAAACGGACAAACUCUCAGCUCUAGAUGGUGUCUUUCCAAACUCAAAUGUGAAAAUGCUGAUUUUCAAACAAAAAUAUGCAACUUGUCCCUAAGAUCAGCCUCCAUAUGUUGGGACUGGAAAGUGACCAAUGCAAUACCAAUUUUUAAACGGGAAUCUAGGAAAUUACAGGCCGCUUAGCUUAACUGGAAAACUGGUGGGAAACGUGAUUAACAAUAGAAUAAUCUUACAUAUAGAAGAACAAGUCUUUUUGAGACAGAAUCAGCAUGGCUUUCUGGAGAGCAACUCCUGUCUCACUAAUUUUUCAGAGCAUCAACGAGCGUAUGGUUAUAAGUGAUCAAGUUAACAUUGUGUACUUGGACUUAGAAUCAUAGAAUCAUAGAGUUGGAAGAGACCACAAGGGCCAUCGAGUCCAACCCCCUGCCAAGCAGGAAACACCAUCAGAGCACUCCUGACAUAUGGUUGUCAAGCCUCUGCUUAAAGACCUCCAAAGAAGGAGACUCCACCACACUCCUUGGCAGCAAAUUCCACUGUCAAACAGCUCUUACUGUCAGGAAGUUCUUCCUAAUGUUUAGGUGGAAUCUUCUUUCUUGUAGUUUGGAUCCAUUGCUCCGUGUCCGCUUCUCUGGAGCAGCAGAAAACAACCUUUCUCCCUCCUCUAUGUGACAUCCUUUUAUAUAUUUGAACAUGGCUAUCAUAUCACCCUCAACCUCCUCUUCUCCAGGCUAAACAUGCCCAGCUCCUUAGCCGUUCCUCAUAAGGCAUCGUUUCCAGGCCUUUGACCAUUUUGGUUGCCCUCCUCUGGACACGGUCCAGUUUGUCAGUGUCCUUCUUGAACUGUGGUGCCCAGAACUGGACACAGUACUCCAGGUGAGGUCUGACCAGAGCAGAAUAUAGUGGCACUAUUACUUCCCUUGAUCUAGAUGCUAUACUCCUAUUGAUGCAGCCCAGAAUUGCAUUGGCUUUUUUAGCUGCCGCGUCACACUGUUGGCUCAUGUCAAGUUUGUGGUCAACCAAGACUCCUAGAUCCUUUUCACAUGUACUGCUCUCAAGCCAGGUGUCCCCCAAAAAGCUUUCAAUAAAAUCCCUCCCCAAAGACUCCAGAGGAACCUUAGCAGUGAUGGGAUAAGAGGAGAUCUCCUUUUAUGGUUCAGUAGCUGGUUUAAAAAAUGGGAAGCAGCGAGUAGGAAUAAUGGACAGUUUCAACAACUGAGGGAUGUAAGAAGGGGGCCUACACAAGAAUCAGCAUUAGGACUUGCAACUUUUUAACUUGAUCAUAAAUAACCUGGAGUUAGGGGCGAGCAAUGAGGUGGCCAGGUUUAUAGACCACACUAAAUUGUCCAGGAUGGAAAAAAACAAGACGGGAUUGCAAGGAGCUCCAAAAGGAUAUCUCCAAACUGGAUGAAUGGGCAUUAUGCAAGUGCAAAAUAAUGUGCAAAACACCCUAACUGCACACAUGUGCACUCAUGAGGUCUAAACUAGUCAUGACUGACCAGGGUCAUAGCGGAUAGCUCAGUGACGAUAUCAGCCCAGCGUGUGAGAGCUUUGAAAAAGGCUAAUUCCAUGCUAGGAAAGGGGUUGAAAGUAAAACUGCCAAUAUCAUAAUGCCAUUAUGCAAUCGAUGAUGCAAUUGUACUUGGAAUACUGUCCGCAGAUUUGGUCACCAUGCAUCAAAAUGGAUGUUGUGGAGCUGGGGAAGGUUCAGGAAAGGGCAGCCAAAAUUACCAGAGGGCUGAAGCAACAGAAAGGCGACAGCAUUUGGGGCUUUUUAGCUCGGGGGGAGGAGAAAUGUGAGUAUGAAAGAGGUAUAUAAAAUUAUUCAUGGGAUGGAGAAAGUCGAUAGAGAUAAGAAACAUAGGGAGCUUAUAUCGAAUGGUUUAACUAUCAAGCCUUCUUUCCAGGGAACUCUGGGAAUUGUAGUUCUGUGGGGGAGAUAGAGGUCUCCUAAAAAACUCUCAGCACCCGUACCAGACUACAGUUCCCAGGAUUCUUUGGGGGAAGCCAUGACUGUUACAGUAGUGUCCUAAUGAUUUGAAUCAGGGUUUCCCAAACUUGGGUCUCCAGCUGUUUUUGGACUACAACUCCUAUCAUCCCUAGCUAGCAAGACCAGUGGUCAGGGAUGAUGGGAAUUGUAGUCCAAAAAACAGCCAGAGACCCAAGUUUGGGAGACCCUGCUUUAAAUAUAUAUGGUUGAUGUGGCCUAAUUCUACUUUACUAGAGAACCGUCAUCAUCGCUUUCCUUUAAAAAAAAUAAAAAUCCCCCUUUUUAGUCCAAAGCAGCAAACAGCUAUUCCACACAAUCUAAACCUGGCAGAUUUCAGAACUGCCUGAGAAGUGUCCUGGCCAAACCGGGCAUCCUAAAAAUAAUUUGGCAGAAAAAUCUGAGCUUGUAAAGGAAGAGGCUGCAGCUAGCAAACUCAUCAACGCUCCUUUGCUGACAGUUUCCAGAAGGGGUAGCUGUGUGAGCCUGUCACAACAAGAGCCUUGUGGCAUCUUAAAGACUAACACAUUUCAUUCUGGCAUAAACAUUUGUGGACGAGGCUUGGUGCAGCAAAUCCCAGUCCGCACAAGCUUAUGCCAUAAUAAACAUGCUUGUCUUUAAGGUGCAACAAAAAUCUUUCGCUGUCCUUUUUCUGAUGGCGCUUACUCGCAAGUGUAUUGAUAAGGUAUAGCGCUCAUAGCCAUAGCUGUCAACUUUUCCCUUUUCUUGCGAGGAAUCCUAUUCGGAAUAAGGGAAUUUCCAUUUAAAAAAGGGAAACGUUGACAGCUAUGCUCAUAGCACCAAUAUUUUUUUAAAAGCAAGCUAAGGGAAACCAAAUUCUGAGGACGAAAAUAGAUGAUUCUUUCAACCAUUUCCUAUAAAUUUGCUUCAAUCUUCAUGGUCUUUUCUAUAUUGUAUUUUAGCCUCUUUUUUCAGCAGGUUUAUUAUUAUUAUUAUUAUUAUUAUUAUUAUUAUUUUAGUAGUUUGGCUAUUACAGUGGUACCUCAGGUUACAAACACCUUGGGUUACCAACACUUCGUCUUCUAAACUCCGCUAACCCAGAAGUAGUACCUCAAGUUAAGAACUUUACCUCAGGAUGAGAACAGAAAUUGCGCACCGGUGGCGGGAGGUCCCAUUAGCUAAAGUGGUACCUCAGUUUAAGAAUGGUUUCAGGUUAAGAAUGGACCUCCGGAACGAAUUAAGUUCGUAACCAGAGGUACCACUGUUAUAGCAGGGGGUGUGGAUAUGGGUUUAGUGGAGGGCAAAUUAAGGAUAAGAGGAAAAAGCCAUAGAGAAAAGGAGUAUGAGAUGGGGGAGCCAAGUUGCUCCAUCAACAACCUCCAUCUACUACCUCUUGAAGAUGUAGCAAGUUUCCUUGCUCCUAUUGGAGGCUGGGAAGAUGAAGAUCGAGGGAUGAAGAUUCCAGAAAGAUUUACUAGCUUAAAUAACCUGCCAAGGCAAUGCCGUGGCAGGACCAAAGUGUGGUUUGCAAAGACUGCUUCGGGACAAGCACCAAGAAGGAUUGCAUUGACUUAUAUGGGGAGCUAAGGAAGUCGAACCAUAUUUGUUUUCCCUUUCCCCCAAGAGAACUGUGUUAUGUUCCUUUUGAACGGAUUAUAAUGGAACAAGAAGGCCCGGUGCGUGUCUUUCCUUGAGUAACUGGUUGAGAAAAGAUUGUGCUUCUCGUCAACAAUUCCCAGUGGAAUGUAAAUGGAGGCCUGAAAAAUGUGGGGUUGGGAUUGCCUUGAAGUUAACCUUUGCCUAUAUUAGUGGGGACAAGUGGUUCUUCUAAAAAUUAAAACUGAGGUCAUUGGUAGUCCAUUCAACUCAUGCUGAUUCUAGUGAGUUUGGGGUGUGAGGAGGGCAGGGGCAGGGUGCAAUUCACCCUAGAUUCUAUUUCAUUCUGGAAAGCCAUUGCUGUCAUAGUCAAAGGGACAACCCUCGCUUUGAAUGGGUUAUUCAGAUAGUAAAUCAGAGCAGUACCUCGGAGCAGGGCUUUUUUGGUGGCUGCCCCUGUCCCAUGGAAUAACAUUCCCAUCAAGCUAUGACAGGCACCCAAUAUCUGCACUUUCUGGAAACAGCUGAAGACAUUUUUUUCCCUUCAGGCUUUUAAAUAGGUCUUUACCAUGACUGCCCACUUGUUAGGAUUUCAGUCUUGUUUUAAAUGUGUGUGUUUUUAACUGUUUUUUCAUGUGUAAAUUGCCUUCAGACUAGUUUAGAAGGCAAUUGAUGAAUCAAGUAUAAUAAUAACACCCACACAUAAGGAGGAGUCCUUGUGUGUCCUUGUUUCUCAAUUUGACCCUUUUACAUGGUUUUGUAUGUUUAGUGGUAUUUUAUGUAUUGUGUUUUGCUCUUAUUUUUAUUAUCGAGCCGUAAUUCUUUAUUGUAACUGAUAAGUGCAAAUUAUUGUUUAAUUAUUAUUUGCUUAGUGUUGGAUUCUAAUGGAUUAUUGAAUAUUGCUUUAUUUGAUAUAAGUUGUUUAUUCUAAAGUUAUUGGGACUUUUUAUAGUGGAUCAGAUUGUUACUAUUAAUGUUUUAUUAUUAGUCCUAUAUGUGUUGGAAGCUGCCCAGAGUGGCUGGGGCAACCCAGCCAGGUGGGUGGGGUAUAAAUAAAAACAUCAUUAUUAUUGUUUGUUUGUUUGUUUGUUUAUGCAUGCAUGCAUGCAUGCAUGCAUGCAUGCUGCCUCCACCCUCCUCCCACAGCUGGAGAGGAGCUGAGCUGGCCACAAGACCAUCUGCCAGAGGGAAAAAGCCAUCUGUGUGCCAGCCCAUUUAGAUGCAGGCUGUACUGCACCUGUUCACCAGCUGGUCAACCCACCUGGUCAUUUGCUCACCUGGUCACUAACUCACUUGCCCAGUUGACUGUUCACUUACCCUGGGGAGUCUUAAGGCUCCCCCACAACACACACACACACAUGCAACAUGUUGCUGCUUAGAACCUCUUGUUUAUUAGAAUCUGUGGUGGUUGUGCAAUUGGCUUUGGGUUCUUGCAACAGCAUAUUGUUCAAUCGUAAGAUACGGAAAGUGUGCUGACAUUUUUUUGGUCGACCUCUUUUCUUCGUGAGAGGGAAACUACUUUGUGAACUUGUAGAUUUUUUUUUAUUAUUAAUUUAGGGUCCUUGCAACAAUUCUUACUUGAGGAUUAUAAUUUGGCAGUGGGUUCUUAACCUUGGCUGAUCUUAAUGUGAAAAUGUGUUACUAAUUUGUAUGUUCAGAGGACGUUGUGUAAAUAAUUUGGGGGUUUUAGCAAUAACUACGUAAUCGUUCAUGUUGAUUCCAGGAAGUAGGAAAAAUGCACUUGUUUUAUCUCUCUGUUUUGAGAACGCUGUGUAGGAUUUAUUUUGGGUUUUUGCAGUAUUUCAUGAUGGAGAACAUGCUAGGAAAUAGACACUUAAUUAACAAUAUCAUAAUUGUGGGUAUUGUGUAUUUAUUAAGGCUUUGCAAACAGUUCAUUGCAGGUAUUUAAGGGGGAAAUACAAUUCCUGGGUGAUGGUUAUCAUAUCCUUACGCUGCAAUCCUGCACCCACCUAACCUGGGAGUAAAGUCCUAUCAAACUCUAUAGUUCUGACUUCUGAGUAGUUGUGUAUAGGGUUGCACUGUUAAGGGUCAGUUGAAUAGGAACUUGGUGCAAUCCACAAAAGGAUAAAAUCUAAGUAAAGUUGAUGUGUGAUACCAUUUUAAAAAUUGUGUUCUUAUUAAGAUUUUCCAUAAGCAACAAGAGUUCAUUCAUUGUCUCUACUUUCAAAUCAUAGUCUUUCAUACAGGUCAUUACAGUCAAAUUGAGGCAUUUUUGUGGUCAUCAGUGUGGUUGUGGAGGAAAGAGAAGUGGGAAAAGGGGUGAGAGAGACAGUAAAUAUGAGGAAAGCAGAAUGUUCCCUAGAGAAGGAUCUGAAAUUCUGAACCCUUGAAUUUCUUUUAUUCUAGAUCAGUGGUUCCCAACCUUUUUUUUGGCCAUGCCCCACCUAAACAUCUCUAAAAUCCCAAUGUGCCCCCCGCCGUGACAUAUAAUUCUUAUUAUUCAAAAUGUGAACUCCUAUUCACGUAGAGGAGGCCUAAAAGACCAUUCACUGUUAAUAACUUAUUCUCGAAUUGCCCCCCUAAAAAUCAAAUUGCCCCCCUUUGGGACGUGUGCCCCUCAUUGGGAACCAGGGCUCUAGACUGUUUUGUUUGAUGUUUUAAUGUGUUGUAAACCGGUUUGAGAUUUUUUCUUUAAAAUAUAAAGUGGUAUGGAAAUGAAUAAUAAUAAUCAUAAUAAAUUUCACUGGGGAGAAAAAAGGCACCUAGACAUUUGGUUGUAGCAACUGUAACCUGGAUACCUGAAGGAGCGUCUCCACCCCCAUCGUUCAGCCCGGACACUGAGAUCCAGCGCCGAGGGCCUUCUGGCGGUUCCCUCAUUGCGAGAAGUGAGGUUACAGGGAACCAGACAGAGGGCCUUCUUGGUAGUGGCGCCCGCCCUGUGGAACACCCUCCCUUCAGAUGUGAAGGAAAUAAGCAGCUAUCUUCUCUUUAAAAGACAGGGAAGUUUUUAAUAUUUAAUGCUGUAUUGUUUUUAACACUUGAUUGGAAGCCGCCCAGAGUGGCUGGGGAAACUCAGCCAGAUGGGCGGGGUAUAAAUAAUAAAUUAUUAUUAUUAUUAUUAACCUAGGCUUAAGGUGCCAUUUGGCAGUUAGCUUAUACAGUGGUACCUCGGGUUACAGACACUUCAGGUGAUUUCGGGUUGUGCACCGCGCCGAACCCGGAAGUACCGGAACGGGUUACUUCUGGGUUUUGGCGCUUGCACAUGCGCAGAAGCACUAAAUCACGCUUUAUGCAUGCGGCAAAUCACGGCGCUGCGGCUUCCGAAUGUGCCUCCUGCACAGAUCACAUUCGCAACCCGAGGUUCCACUGUAUAUCUAAGUUUCAGACAUUGGCUCCCAGAUAAAAAUGUAACCUGCCAAGAUUUGGGUGUUUCUCUCACUCAGGAGUUACGGUGAAAUUUGUGGUGGGCAACAGAUGCAGAUUUUGUGUGUGUGUGUUGUAGGCUUUCUGUGGUUGCUUUCUGGUGACCUCCAAUUGCCCUCUAGUUUGGAGAUAGUAAGAAGCAAGCAUCCUGCACCUCCUGCCCAUUUGACCUGGUUCCUCUCUUGUGGUCAACCUUUUGACUUCUUCCCUCAAGCAAUUGUGGCGCAGACACCCCACUGCAGAUGGGCAAACAAGCAUCUGCUUUGCUAGAGGAUUUGAAUUUUAGAAGAAGAUGGGGCGGAAACUGCAAAAAAAAGUCCUCCUUGUGGGUACCACAGUCUCGGAGGAUUAAUAAAAACUGAACUUCGGGUUGAAGACUCAGCUCUAAGCAAAAACCCAUGGAAGGAAGUGGAAGACAUCUAGCUAAAACCACGCUCAUUUGUGCAGAUGUCCUUAUUUCAAUUUUACAGCCCGCUUCUGCAAAUGCACAGAAGGUCUGUGUAGUAGUAUGUAGACCAGGGAUUGCCAACCUUUUGUGGGUCAGGGAAGAGACAAUGGAGCGUACAUCUGGGCAUGAAGGCAAACUGCUGCAUUUGCAGCAGCAAAGUGACCGGAGUUUAGGCUGAUGGAUUUCCACUUCAUUGGAUGAAGUGGUAUCUCGUCCAUGGAAGGUUAUGCCACCAUAAAUCUAUCGCGUCUUGUGGCACCUCUAAAGACUGGUCUUUUGUCUCCACAAGGCACAACGUCCUCUGCCAGCAACCCCUUUCUGUCCUUCUCCCACUUCGGUCUCUCCUCAAAAGCCACUUCUUCAACAAUUAUAUUUUAUGUACAGUGGUACCUCGGGUUAAGAACUUAAUUCGUUUUGGAGGUCCGUUCUUAACCUGAAACUGUUCUUAGCCUGAGGUACCACUUUAGCUAAUGGGGCCUCCCACUGCCGCUGCCCCGCCACCACGCGAUUUCUGUUCUCAUCCUGAACCAAAGUUCUUAACCCAAGAUACUAUUUCUGGGUUAGCGGAGUCUGUAACCUGAAGCGUCUGUAACCUGAAGCAUCUAUAACCCAAGGUAAAGGGACCCCUGACCAUUAGGUCCAGUCGUGACCGACUCUGGGGUUGCGGCGCUCAUCUCGCUUUAUUGGCCGAGGGAGCCGGCGUACAGCUUCCGGGUCAUGUGGCCAGCAUGACUAAGCCGCAUCUGGCGAACCAGAGCAGCGCACAGAAACGCCGUUUACCUUUCUGCCGGAGCGGUACCUAUUUAUCUACUUGCACUUUGAUGUGCUUUCGAACUGCUAGGUGGGCAGGAGCAGGGACCGAGCAACGGGAGCUCACCCCGUCGCAGGGAUUCGAACCGCCGACCUUCUGAUCAGCAAGCCCUAGGCUCUGUGGUUUAACCCACAGCGCCACAUGCGUCCCUAGGUACCAAGGUACCACUGUAUUAAAUUUACAUCCUGCCCUUCUUACUGGAGAAGCUCAGGGCAACAAACACAAAAAAGUUGCAAUGUCACAAUUAAGAAUAUAUAUUUUUUAACAAAAACUACUUUAAACGUUUAAAAGCACCUAAAAGCAACCACAUUCCUCUCACCGCUAAGAAGUUCGUGGUUGCCAUGGCCAGUAUCUUUGAGCCAACAAACGGCUGGGUGAGCAGGAAUGCUUUUAAAUGAGGGAGGCAGAGACGUCUCACCAGGGAGGACAUUCCACAAGCAGGGAUUAUUUUUCCACCUACUGUAAAAUCCCAGGCUUUUUAAAUACCUUCACCCCACCCCAGCCUAAUGUAUAGUGACAGCCGUUUGUUUAGAAUUGUUGUUUUUUUAAUAUUGAAUGUUAAGUUGCUGUGACCUGACCUGAAACCUUCUGGCAAAUGGGCAAGUAAGAAAUCAAAAUAAUAAUAGUGUAAGGCUUUUUAUCACCUGUAAUGGCGUGCAGGACAUCUUUUAGAGCAGGAGCAAUGAUGUCAUCCGGCAGAAUGGCGGGGUAAAGGAGGUGAUAAGGAGGCUUUCAAGUUUUACUAUUGUUUGUGAUAGGUUAGCUGCUAGGGAGGCAGAGAGAGAGAAAGAAAAAGAAAGAAAGUCAGGGUUUGUUGGUACUUUUUUCUUUGUUCUUGAUUCACCCUAGCAGUUUAAAAGGUGACAUUUCUUUGCAGGAGUGUUUGCAUUUCUAAUUAAACACCAGGUUUAAAUUUCAGCUGACUGGAGGUAUUUUGUAAAAGCUCAAUGUGUGUGGGGGGGGGUUGUUUUGUUUUUAAAAAAACAAGCUGGGAUUUAUUCUGUAAACAGGGAGGAGGUAUUCAGCUAAGUUUUACUCGAAGUAGAUCCAUUGAAAUGAAUGGACAUGGCUAUGUUAGGUCCAUGAAUUCCAGUGGGUUUACUCUGAGUAAAACAUAGCUGAAUAACCCAUAUGUCUUGUUAGCUGAUCCUUAAAAAAAGAGUAUUAUAUUGUUAGUGGGAAUAGAUGGAUAUGGGCAGCUGGCUGGAUUUUCUUUAGAGGUGUGGUUUUGGAACCCAUCACGAAAAGCUCUUGCACUUUAAAGUUUACAAUUUUGCUGCUGAUUGCCUAUUGAUGUUUUGCAUAGGGCUUAAAGCACCAUUCCUUCUUAAACAGGUAGAUAAGUAGUCAUAAUAGGAAAAGAAAUGAUAAGACAUUCACUUUAAGCCUAGCCAUGUAAGGCCUGUGGAUCCACAGUCCUUAUGUGGUCUAAUGCUGGCAUUCAUAUGAAUGCAAAAAAAAAAAAGUUAACAGAAACAAUUAUAUCUCUCUAAACCAUGUGGAUUGUCUGCUCCUUGUAGCCCCAGAAAUUAUAUUUGUGUGUUUCCUGUGCAAGUGUGCUUCCUUCUGCUGGGAUUGUGGGCUGCUGUUUGAGUCUGAUUAACUUCUGUUUUCAAACGCUGGAUAUCUGGGACACAAGGAAGGGCUGUAGCUCAGCAACAGAACAUCUGCUUUGCUUGCAGAAGGUCCCGGGUUCAGUCCCCAACAUCUCCAGCUAAGGCUGGGAGAGGCCUCAAAUUUUGGAGAGCUGCUGCCAGAUGUUAAGGUGGGCACGUAUUCAGCUAAAUCAGGGUUUCAGCUAAACUUGGGUCACCAGCUGUUUUUGGACUACAACUCCCAUCAUCCCUGACCACUGGUCCUGCUAGCUAGGGAUGAUGGGAGUUGUAGUCCAAAAACAGCUGGAGACCCAGGUUUGAGACAACCUGAGCUAGAUGCAUCUAGGUUGGGUUCUGUAUAAAAGACUGCUGUGUUCUUCAGUGCACUGGCAAGCAGAAAAGGCAACUGUGAGAUAUCCCUGAGAUAUAUCCCUAAGGCAUAGUGAAGUAGCCAGCAUUGUGUAAGUCUGGAAGAGGUUGUGCAAUGCCUUCCUUCCUGCAAAGGGAGGCAAAAAAACAGGAUUACCGGUUAGAUUUGCAUAAGUCUACUGUUUAUAAUGUUGGGCGGUGUCCAACUAGACAGUUCCACUAGUCCAUCCAAGGACUUGUCAUGCUGUGCAACCCCUAAAUAUGUUCUUCCCACAACAGAGAUGAAGGCAGGGAAGUUCCAUUGCACAGUUGAAAGUCCUUGUGCCGGUGGAACUGUUUAAUUGGAUGCCACCCUUUGGGGGGGGAGUGCGAGUCGAGGAGAUGCCAGGGGAGAUUAGCUGUGUGCCUUUGCCGCCUGCCUGUCCCGAUCACAAACCUUAAAAUCUUUUCUCCGUCCCGAGACAACUUGUACAGCAGCGGAGGAAAAGAGAGACCGUCACUGUUUACACAACUCUGACAUUAACGAAGCGCAUUGUGCGAAAGUCAGUAUCUCUUUACUGAGGUGCUAUAGCAUCUGUGUGAAGGGUCUAGGAAGUGACAUGCUAACAACCCAUGGACCAGGCACAAGGAUAAGGCACAGACUGUUCCUGUUGCCUGUCUGCAUGCACGCCGAUGAAAUACAGAAUAGGUGCAGAAAUACUCUCUGUGCUGAAAGUCCUGCCCUUUCUAAACCUUUUACAGAAUUUUGCUGGCACUGAACUGCAGGAGGCAGAUCCUCACCCCUGCACCCACCCACCUCUCUCUAAAUCUCCAGUGUGUAGGAGUCAGCAGCCUUCCCCCACUUUGUAUAAAACCAGAAAUUGAAAAACUGUGCCUGUCAUAGAAUUUACAUCAGAGGGGCUGCCCCAGCGACUUCAGCAAAGCUGCUAUGGAAAUCAGUGAUUCACAGAAUCUGAGCUCGGGUAGCACUGCUAGGGAACGGGGGUUUGGAGGAGAUUAGCCAGGCUGCCGCUUCUCAUUCAUUCAUUCAUUCAUUCAUUCAUCCUCUUUUCUCCCUCCCUCUUUUUCUGUAGGUGGACGCAUCUGUUCCUUUUCCCCUUGCAUCGAACAAGUGCAAAGGACCUGCCUGGCUUUGGAGGAGCACGGCUUUGCCGAAUGUAACACUCUGGAGAUCCUGCUGAGAGUGUACAACGUUCGGACAAUCAGCUUGCCAGUCCCUGACCUUGGAAAAGGAAUCGGGGGCAAUGCCAGAGCGGAGUCUGACAAAGGCAGCCCAUCCGAUCAGGGUGCCUCUUCUGCUGGUCUCCAGCAGGGAAACGCACAGUUUAAAAGCGGUGUGCCACCAAGGGAGAUGGUGGGUCACACUGGGUAUUUGACCUUCGCUACCAAAAGCCUAUUUUAGUUACUCGCGAAGCUAGUGGCCUCCUUGCUGCCUUCCCUCCUUCCCUCCCUCCCAAUCAAGCAUCCCAGGCUUUUUUUGCUCGUCGGGCAAUUCCAUAUAUAGUCAGACUGAGUAAGAUUAUGCUUUUGUUUAAAUAGCACGCAGGAGCGCUAACCAGAUCAGCCUUGCAGUACACUGUCCUUCUGGAACAGUGCUUGGCUGCCUGUCAGGUAGGAAGAUGGAUUAGCAGCUAAUAGCUGUGGGAUGGACUUUGCAAAGCAAAAGCCACUUACUGAGGUUGUUUGGGGUGGGGGGGUGGGGGUGGGUGUCAACAAGGUUUCUUUUUUCUUUCUGGAACCCCUGCAUUGAUUCUUCUCUCAACGAGGGUGUGCAAUGGGGAGAAUUUUUGCUUUCGGUUUUGUAUUUGCCAUUGGGAAUCUAUUUAAUAUUUGGAUUUUUUAAAAAUAAAAUAAAAAUGGUUUUGCCGUAGCCCCAGAAUUGGCUAGCAGCCCCUGCAAAGAGAGUCUAAAAAGGCAGGCGGAUGUGUGGAUCCAUAUAUACACAUACAUGCAUACAUAGGUGAACCACCCUGGAAAGAGCAUCAAACCCAGUUUAUUGUGGUUGCAUGACGUGAGUGGGUCUCCCUUAUCACAAAGAUUCAAAGCGCAGGGCUAGCUUUUGAGGGGAGAAAGUUAGGCUGCAAGUCUUCACCCUGACAUCUAAUGCUGAAUGGAGCUGGUGGUUUCCUAUAGGAAGUGUCAUUUAAUCACAUCCCUGCUUGCAUCCCGAAAUAAUUCUGUUCAGGGACGGCUCUUCUACCUCUUCUGUGUGAGCAGAAUCCUCAGCACAAUCGCACAUUCACUUGGUCCUGAAUAAAUGGCUAGAUUUGCAUCCUGCUUCCUCCCUGCCAAACAACAAGCAGCAAAAAAAAAACAAAACCUCCCUUAUUCAAUCUGUCCUGUAUUGUAAGAUGGUACUUGUAUUUACAGAUGUCCAUUGCUGUAAACAGAACGAACCCUUCCCUGGUGUUCUUAACCAGCGUAUAAGCACGUCACAAUCCUGUCUUCCUAGGGCCUGGGUGAAAUGCGAGCCACGAGGCAAAUCUUUUUAUCCAUUCCAUGCGCCGGCUGAUUAAUAGAUAUGCCUGAAAGUGCGAAUCCGGUUUUGCCCUUUUCUUGACCAAAAAUAAACAUGGCUGAGCUUUCAAUGGGUUACAGCCCCGGUGCUAAUCUGUCACAGUUUAACAAAAGUUCCGCCAACCGCGGCGAGCAAAGAUAGAACAGCUGAGCAGAUUAAAAACCAGGAAAGCAAAUCAUCUGAGCUCGAAGCUGUUACGUAAGUGUUCCAGGGCUGCAGCUUUCCGCCGCCUCCGCCUCCUCCUCUUUGGAAGGAUGUUAAAAGUCCUCUGUUAUGCAGUGCUCGAAAGUACUUUUGAGGGAAAGCAGGGUAGAAGGUGCUACUGCUGCUGCAUCAUUAAUGGGGUAGCUACAACCGCCUGCCUGCAAGCAAAGAGAGAACAGCAGGCAUAUGUAAACAUCAGAUCAACUGGGGAAGAGGAGGGGGAGCUGCUUAAACCUACAAAAGGAGAGGAAACAGAACCAAGGGAAUGCCUCUGUCCUUAAGAUGCUUGCACUCCAAUCAGCACCGUAUGUCCUUGGUUCAAUAUGCUUCUAGUGCAAAGCCAGAAAAGUGGAAGGGGACUUUUUCCAGACUCCCAUUUGAACAACCUUAUAGGGGUCUCAUGCAGAUGAUGGGCUUGGCCAGAGGCAAAGUGGGCGGAGCAACGAAUGUAAAUUCUACCUUUGUGCAAUAGGUUAGAUGGGAUGUUUUCCGAGGUUGACGAGCCGACGGCUAGGCGAUAUCUCGUUUUCAACAUCGCAAUAUAUCACCAGCUAAACAUCCUGAUACACUGAUUUAUCACAAUGUCUGAUAUAAGGAUAGAGCUAUAUAGGGGCACUGGCUGGAUUCACGGUUUUUCCCGCAUUGUGAUUUUUGCAUAGCACACACACACCCUGCAUCAUGAUUUGCAAUAUUUUUGCCAGAUCAAAAAUUAUGAAACCAGUAACACAAUAGGGGCUUCAAACCAGUGUUGGAAUGAUAUUUUGAUAUAUUGCCCAGCCCUAGGUGAGCCGUGUCUACCCCUCUACAGCACACACAGAAAACUCCUCCUUGACCAUUGGACCCACUAUUGGUCUUGUCUGCUCAAGCUGCUAGAGCCUGUUUUCACAUGCAGGGGAAGUCCCUAACCCACCGAAGGGUUGAGAACCAUUGGCUGCCCUCACCUGGUUUAGCUGGCCAGUUGAAACUGUUUGCCAGGGUGUAGCUGCUGUCACAUGCUGACAGCUUCUAGGAGCCACAGGUGAGAGCUGCGAACAGGGACCAAAGAUGGAUGAGCUACCCCAGAAGGAGCAGAACAUGUCCCCCACCAGAGGUACCACCCCUCCCCUAACACCCCAUAUUCUGGAUUCUAAGCCUCUGCUGCCUUGUGGGAUCUCUUCAGGAGAAGAAAAGGCUUAGGAGUAAAAACCCUACACAGAUCCAGAAGGGAGUCCCUAAGGUGGUUGGAUGGUGCCUUGAACACCUUCUUCUGGCAACUACUGCAGCCAAGCUGGUGCCAAACGCCUUGCUCUGCUUUCCUUUGGUUUGCCAGGGGAAAGGGGGGGGUGUCGCAUCAUCUGGGCAGCCCAGGACCUCCAGACACACUGCCCAGGCUUGUGCCCUGGGGAAGUCCUUUGGGUGCUGCUAACACAAUAGUUUGACUCCACCCCCAGAGGCACACUCCAUUGUCUCUCAACACUCCAUUGUCUCUCAGUACUCAAUGCCAACAAGAGUAGGCUAAAUUCUACACGGAGUCGGACCCUGCUCUCAACCCUCCAUCCGGGCAAGCAAGAGGGAUUAUGUGAGUACAAGGACUCCUUCCAGUCCUGGCAAAAACGCUCAAAGGAAGGUGCAGAUCAGGGCUGGGGAGGAGAUGUGGCCAUUGGGGAAUCCCAAGGGCUGAACAGAGAGACCCGAGGGCUGCAUCAGGCUCCCAGGCAAACUGAAAUGAAAUGUUGCAAUCAACAGUGCGGCUGCGAUUUAAUUUUGGCUUAUUUCAUGUGGCGUUGGCCCGUUCAUUCAGAAGUAAGUGGUGCUCAGUGGUGCUUGUCCUGAGAAAAUGUGCACAGCGUUUGCAGCCUCAGCCAGUCUCAUGAAGCCCCCCCACCCCCGCUGCUCCAGCGUUCGCUGCAUUGCAGCGAGUUGGAAAGUGCUGUAACAGAGGGCUGUAUUUUCUUCCCCUUUUGCCGCAGGACAGAACAUCAAACAUGCAAUGCUAUAAAAAUGCCAAGCACUUUUCUUCACUGGUAUUAAAAAGGAAGAGGAAGCAAUAAAGGGACAGAGCAGGGAUGGGUUCCCAAAAGUUGGAAACCCUAAAAGCACAGCGCUUUUUGCAGCUGGGUGGGUUAAGUUGCCUGGGCAUAGCUUGCAGCAGCCUUUGGCAACCUGGCGCCCCCAGAGGUUUUGGAUUACAGCUGCCCCUGUUGGAAAUUGUGGUCCAAAGUAUCUGUGGGCACCGGGUUGGUGAAGACAGGCUUAUAGUGUCAAUGCCUCUUAGGUUGUCCCUUGCUCCUGGUUAAAAUGUUGCAGUCAAACUAAGGAUUCACAUCUCUGCCGUUAUUCAUUGCUGGUGCCCCAUUCCUGGAUUUCACAGGAGAGCGAUGGAGGGUGCAGCCUGUUCCCUUUGGUAGCUGCCUUCUUCCUUGACUCGCUCGCCUAGGCAGGUGUGGGAGGGAUGUCAUUCCCUGCAGACAAGUCUCCGCGUGCCUGAUUGAAUUGCAAAGUGUCCUCCAGCAUCCCUGGCGGAAAGGGAGAGCGCUGCUCCAAAGCCGCCGCUGGCAGUCUUGAUGAAGACAAUCUCUGCAGCUUGAGUCAAGCAAGACAAGCAAACAGAGAGAUGGGAGAUAGAGAGGGCUGCAUGCAUAAAUUUUAAGAAGCGCCCUGUGGAUCAGACCAAAGGCUUCGCUAGUCCAGCACCCUCUUCCCAGAGAUGCCUGUGGGAAGCCCACAAACAGUCUGAAGUACAACACUCCAUGUGUGAAUCUCCAUGUUAGGAGAUUCAGGACCAAUAAAAAUCAUUACUUUUCCAGCCAGUGCAUAGCUAAAAGAUAUGAAACUCACUCCCAUAGGUGGCAGUAAUGGAACCGAGUUGGAUGGUUUUAAAAGGGGAUUGGACAACUGCAUGGGGGAGAGGGCUAUCGAUGAAUAACCAUAGUUUAGAGGUACCUAAGGAAGUCAGACUAUCCUCCACCAGGGCCAGGGCCUUCUCAGUGAUGGCUCCAACCUGGUGGAAUGCUCUGUCCCAUGAGACUAGGGCCCUUCAAGAUUUAACCUUCUUCCGUCGGGCCUGUAAGACAGAGCUAUUCUGCCUGGCCUUCAAUUUGAAUUCAGCCUGAUCUUUUAUUUCCCUUCUCUUCCCUCCCCUUCCCUUUUUAUGAAGAUUGCCUGCUCUGAGACCCCACAGCUAAUUCUCCCCUGGCCUCCUUGCUGGCCCAAGUAGGACUAAUUCAGCCAGCUAGCCCUGGGGAUUAUCUAAUGCUUAUUAGAUGGAUUUCCCCUAAAUUGAUUUCUGAACUUUGAAUUUUAUUGUUAUUCAUGUUUUUAUACUGUAUUUUAUGCUGCUUUUACAAUUAAGUGUUUUAAAUUUAUUGUUAGCCACCCUGAGCCCAGUUUUUGAACCGGGAAGGGCGGGGUAU